CCGGGGUUGGAAAGGAACGCGCGCGCGAGUAGGCGACGCACAAGAAACUCACGCACCGCGCGCGCGCCCGAGAGACACGCCGGGAAAUCGACGAACGAUACGCGCCGUCCGCCGCCGCACCGCAGUCCUGUCUACGCCGUCGCUCCGUUAGGUACGCGCGCUCUCCGUCGUUUACUCCGUGCCGUCGUCGCGUUUCGGUUUCUCCGCGUUCAGUAAUCGCGCGUGUAAUACGCGUGGAAUAACAAUACGAACAAAAAAAAAAAAAAAAUAAAAUAAAAUACCCGCGAGUGACGAAACGACGUGUAUUCGUUCAAGUCCGUCCGUCCGCCGCCGGGAAUCGUUCGUUUUCCACCGCCGCGAUUUUUAUUUUCGUUAUAUAACACGAUUCGAUACGAUUAUGUUACACUGUUUGUAUACGCGUGUUUGAAUACGAGACAAUACGAGAAGGUACAAAACCGUACGGACCGUACGCGUCGACGCGCCUUUAGUUGUUCUGCGGGCGGCCACCUACGCCGCCACGACAACAGCGUUCACAAUCACUCGUAACCAGGUGAGUAAACGCCGCGACCCCACGUCAAUCCCUUUCGCACCCGCGAUGCCGUUGUUAAAAACGGCGUUGUGUUUCCCCCCCCCCCACACCUCGGAUAUUUUUGUCCGGCCGGCUACAAAAAAACCGGGGUAUUGUUUCGCCGUCCGUUCCCGGCUACAAAACAACACACCUCCGUCGACGUCUGACGACAACACGUACAGUCAUUGCGCGGCACUAUCAAUGGCGUUUCCGCGAAAAGACCGCUGACGAAUCGCCGACGAGUGUGUUGUAAUAUUAUCUACGCGCGUCGUCAAACGGCGUUUAUCGUUCAAUUUCGAUUUAUCGUGAACUACUCGGCGGCGUUGAUGAGCCCCAGUAGUUUCCCCCCCGUUGGCCAGAGGAUACUUUUAGAUACACGUGUCCAAAAGGCGUUCUUUUUUUUCUCUCGAAAACCCCUUUCGUUCGUAUUUUCCAACAAGAUCGUCGAAUCCCUCGCAAAAAUCAUUCAGGCCCGUUUCAAGUCAGAAAAUGUGCCGUUUAAAAUGUACAUUGUUUUUGCACUUAUGUUUCUAAAUAGUUGUGUAUAGUCGAUGGCUCGAACGAGGAAUGGUUAAAAACGACCGUAAAUCCUAUGUGAAACUGUGUAAAUAUUUAGAACUCAGUUAUCAUGUCAAUAGUCAACGGGUAUCACAUGAUUCGACAAUUCUAAUUCAAAAGCCGGAUCCGAAAAAGCCAGUUUUCAUUUAGGAAUCGAGUUUUUACCUUCGUAUCUUGGCUGAAAUACGUAUAUUAUAGUUUCGAUAUAAAAUUGCUAAAUAAACACUCAUCGAUGUAGUAUUUUAAGCGACUGGGGGUAUAACUCCUUUCCUCCUCCACCUCCUUUGCGCACCACUGUCAUACAGUUAUAACGUUUCGUAUGCCACCGGAGCGAUCGAAAGUAAUAAUUUCUAUGCGCACUUGUGUACAGUGUACGCCUAUAUAAUCUCAGUUUGUUGUAAUGGCUACAUUAAAGGUAGGAUUACGUGUUUGUGCGGUGAAAUCACGUUUAGUCGGAUCUAUUGAUAAUAAUCGUUGUCAUCGGCGUUUCCGACUCCAAGGUUAUGCACGUGGAAUACUAAUACUCGGCGAAUAAUAAUAUUAUUAUUAUUGUCGUAGGUACACCUAUAUAAGGAAUAUUAUUAUUUCCAAACCGUAAACAAUCGAUACGUCAUGAAUGCAGACUGGGUAAUUAUUACGCGUUAUACCUGUCCCGGUGAUUUGGUAGGUAUCCGUCGAGAUUAUUGAACUCUGGUGGACACUGUCCUGUGGCUAGUGUAGGAUUUCGUAAGUCACACAAAUUUAAUGGUGGAAGUCACUGUUGCAGAGUAGUAGGGCUCGUUAAGCGAGAAGUGUAUGUUAUAAGUAUUUAGGAAGUAACGGAAACGAGAAUGUUAUUAGAUGUGGUGUGUUGACCUGGCCGGAUAGUGCGCAUUAGGAAUGCACAUGAUGUGGGCACGUUGACAGAAGGGGAAACGAUAAGAUUGGCGGGGGUCAAGUGUUGACGGGGAAGAGGUAGACCGAAGAAAGUGGCUAGAGGUUAUGUGUUUAUGGGGCUGCAUACGAACUGAGUGCCAACAAAGCCUUUUAGAACGAAUUGAGUCCCGGAUUGUUUUACGGUAUAUGCUAACUGGACACCGUCAAACUUUAAAAAAUAAAAUAUACAUUUUCCUUUCCAUUUUUACAGACCGAAAAAUUCCGCUACAGGCAUGGUUAAAAAUGUUUUUUUUUUUUUUUUAAGUUAAUCUUGAAAAACAAAUAGACAUAUUUCGCAAGGCCACUGUUGUAGGUGAGAAGUUGGAAAAGUAGAGGGAAAAUUUAAUGUAUAUCUGUACGCAGCGAUUAAUCAUUGUUAAGGAUAAAUGAUUCUAAGCGAGGUUCAGUUAUACACGUUUUGAAAGGCCGUAUAAUAUUUACGAUUUGAAAAUAAUACGUUUCGUACAUUUUCCGGUCUUUUUCCGAUUUUCCCAUUUAUUAUAAAAACCUCUGAGAAAAUCUAAAAAUGACCUUCCUAAAGUACCACCGCGGUCAAAUUUCCUUUCAGAAAAAGUACUACACUUGAAAAUCACACACAACACUUGAAUAAUGUUUGGAUGGGCUGAAUAAAACACAGAAUUGAACUUGAAAUGAAAAAAUGUAUAGGUGUUGGUGGUCCUUGUCGAUAAAUGUAUAAAGGAGGCCCACAUUUCAGGAGGAUAAUUGGUAUAGUUUUCGUUUAUAUACCCGGGACUCAAUCAGUAUGUUAUUUUGUUUUCGAUCAAGUAUGGGUCUCAAUUAGUAUAUAUGAUGCACCGGUUCAAGUUCCCAAUACCGCAACCAACGAUAUUCGCCAACUUUUUUCAAUGAAUAUUUUACAAAAAAACUACCGUGGUACAAAUACUGAAAAAGGACAAAGGUCAUAACAAUGACGUAUAAAAUAUUCGCUCAACAAUUUUAGUAAAAAUUCAUGGUUAUAUGGGCUGAGGAUAUGGACAUUAAGGUUAUAUUAUAUGUGCAGGGGAGAUUCAACGAGGGCAUGUGGUGUAGACGAAAAUACAUAUGACGGUGAUUUAAGACAGAUUUUCGGUGUCCAAAUGUUAACACACAUUAAAGUUCACAACGAAACCUUUGCGGUGGAGUAAGAUUUCGUUUACUGUAUGUCUACUAGAAAAUGAAUGGUAAAUGAUUGAACCGGUAGAUUUUAUAAAGGAAAUACACUCGCUGCCGGUAACUAGGGAAAGUCCAAAAGUUAAGUGGGGAAGCUUUGGUCUAUCUGCUCGUGGGGAUUUUUUUAAGGAAGCGGUAGUGGACGUCACGUCGAGGAUAUGAUAUUCACUAAAAAUGCACGUGACGGUACCUCUGCGUAUAUCAUUCGUAUAUCAUUCGGGUAUGAUAAAUGUAAAGCGAGGCAGGAGAAAAGAAAACGUGAUGUACUCAUGCGUUCGGUUUGGUAGAUACACUCGUAAUAUAAGUGAAUAUAAGUUGCGCAGCCGCAGAAAAUUGCGGGAGGAAAAUCAGGUUUCCCAUAAAAAGAGAUUCCCGUACAAAUAGGUACUUUCUAUGGGUAUAUUACGCGAUAGACUGGUCAAGUGCUUGCGGAUGCUGUCUAUAUACAACAUACAUAUAUUCUAUUCUAUUGGUGUAUGCAACGUAAUAUCGUUUCGAAAUCGAAAACUGCAAUUCUUCAUACGAUGCUGAGUGAUGGCAAAACUUAAUAAUAUUUUUACAUUUUCAAAGAAGCGAAGAAUAAUGUAUUGGUUUUACUAUGGUAAACUAUGUUUCUUUUUGUGUCUGUCAACUUUUUUCCCAGAAAUCUUGAUCCGGUCAUCGACUUUAGGGGUGGUGAAUUUCAGCUACUCUCGGUGCAUUGCCGAAGUCAUCAAGGUUUAAUUUUCUUUGUAAUUUCCUUAAUAAUCGGAAAACGUACAAAUUUCCAUUGGAAAAAUCGCGGGCAUUACGAAACUCGUUUAACCACGCAUUCGGUUCAGAAUCGAUUUUCGUUAGCAUUUUAUUGUUUAUUUUUAUUCUUUAUUCUUUUAUUCUAUGUAUAAAAACCACAUCGAAUAACAACAAUAAUGGUAAUGCUAAUGCCGGGAUUUUUCCCCCUCGUCGUGUAGCCACAUCGCGAUGAUAAUAAUAUCCACCACCUGUCAACCGCAUAAUAUCGUGUAAAAUUGCGUCCGCAGACGAACUUUUAUCGUUGUUAUAAAACCGACACGACAAACGCCAACGGUAAUACGUAUACUGCGUACAGGUAUAAUACACGACUACACCGCAGUCGAAUUGUUUCCACGUCCAAUACCACCUUAUUUUUUUUUUCGUUUUUUUUUUUUUUUUUUACCACGUUCGACAGUAUAUUGACAGGUAUGUUUUUUUCCUGCAUAACUGUUUUUGUUUCGUCCUGGACCCGUUGAGUAUAAUACCCAGGUAGGUACAUUUUUUUCGUUCGGGUUAAGUCAUGUAUAUAUAUAUAUCUAGAAUAGGUAUAUAUAUAGUCACGUCUCGUAUCACGACAGCUGGAACGUGGUUGGAAACACGCACGUUUACCUUGCAUAGGUACGGAAAAUAAUAACAAUAAUAUUUCAAAGACAUGUAAUAAUGAUUUCGUACAGUGGCCGCGGAGACGAUUAUUGUUAUUGUUAUUAUUAUUAUUAUUAUUAUUAUUAUUAUAGGUACGUAUAUGCAUUUUAUAUGCACAUUGGCCAACCUUCGCGAGGCGACGUCCUGGAAGAAUCGAACUAUAAAACGGUUAUCAUCUAUUAUCGUUGUUAUUAUUAUUAUUUUUAUCGUCAUUGUCGUGCGGACGGGCGAAUAUAAUAAUAAUACGGUCCGUGAUGGCGGUUCACCAGAGACGUGCGCAUCGUGUGCUUAAAUAUACACAGGGUGAUUCUGUCAUCACGAUCCGGCGAUUUUCGCGGGGCGUAUUUGAAGUGAAUUUAUUGCAAGCGAUUUCUGUUGCGGAAUCGUUUAAACGUCGGAUUUCCCACCAUUCUGCCUCCACGACUAUUUUUUAAAAACAGACAAGAUUACAUAAUAAUAUAGGUUUUUAAAACAAUGUCGAUACGCUUAAGGAGUUGGGUUGAAAAAUGGCCUUGUGAAAACAACAGAAAUCCAAUUCACUCGAAAUCCUCCGAGGAAAUCCCACGAAUCGUGAAAUGUUUAUGUACGCGCAUAGCUAUCUAUUCCAAUUCUUGUAAUCGUAUACUCCUGUCGCGGCAGAUUUGACUGCUUUUGUUGAAUUAUGUCGGUCGGACCGCGACGCGAACAUGUGGCGAUGAAAAUGACGUCCCUUUUUGUUUUCUCGUCGAAAUAUAAAUAUUAAUUUUUUGCUUUUACAUGCUGGGAAACUAAACGAACACGAGAGAGCCGUGUGUUGCAGGCAAGCGAGUUUAGUGCACGGCGAUAUUUAAUUUUUCCCAUCGAUAUUGCAAAAUCGAUGUUGCGCACUGUAAACGCAUAAAGACGCAUUGGCUAUUUUAAACGGAACAACAAAAAUUUUAUAAUAUCGUGACGGUGACAUAACACCAUAGUCGGUCGCACAUCUCUUGUGCAGAACCGAAUUGGGCAAUGGAAUUAGUGCCCGGGGCCGAUCCAAUCCGCGCGGUGUUAGAUAAUAUUCUACGAAGAAAAAAAACCGCAUUUUUUAUAACGUAACUUAAUAAUGUUUAGUCGUAUUGCAGACUGCAGUAAUUAGUUAACCGACGGACCGACGAAAAAAAUGCUUCUGCAGUUAUAACCCGUCAUUUGUAUCAUUUAUGAGCGCCGCGUUUACUCCGUUAGUAUUUUGAGAACCACUUGCCCAUUUAUUAUUUGAUUCUUCUGAUGCUGUUUAUACCUCCAAUCUACAUAUUUACAAACAUACUUUUGUAAAUACAAUAAUUUUUAUGAGUAUUUAUUUAAAAGAUAUCGAUGUACAAUGUCAUCAGUAUCCGUAAAGUGAGCGUUGUAUUCGCUGCAACUAAACGUCAUGUCGGAACACCCGGGCCAAGACGAAUGAUGGCAUAAAUUUUAAUUUUUUUUGUUUGAAGUAUGUAUAGUUGAGAAAAAAUGUUAAAACUUUUUCUGUAAAAGAUUAAAAUAUAAAUAAUUUGGUGUUGGUUUAAAUGUUCUGUGUUUUUUUUAUGUAAAAAAUAACGAUAAAAAAAAUAAAGAGGUGAGCGCGGCGCUUAAUCAACACCAACGGUGGGAUGUUACGUAACGAUACCAACGACGUGUUAAAAUGUUAUGUUAAAUAUUUUUUUUCUCGUUAAAUACCUUUUACGUUUGUAUAAAUGCCUCGUUUCCUUCACGUCAAAAGGACUCGUCUCUAAUAUCUGUUUUCUUUGUCUGUCUCACGCUUAUUAUAGCAACAACAAAGGCAUUCCGAAUUUCCAUGAUUGCGAUUAUCCAAUUGAAUUUUUAUUUUUUCUUAAUGUUGCACCCACUAUUUAUUUCUAUAAUAUUAAAACAAUUUUGCCGGGGUCUGUAAUAAAAUAUUGGUUUUUUGUUCGAUCUUAAUGUUUUUGUAUGUGACGUAGUAUUACGAAUUGUAUGUAUAUGAUUUUGUAAUAAUUUUUAAUCUAUAUAACUAAAAGUUAUUAUACUAUUAUUAUUACCAUAACCCAGUAAAAUAAUUACAUAGGUAAGUUUUUUUUAAAUACUAUAUAUUAACAAUCGCGUACAAUAUAAUUCAAUAGUAAUUGUUUAUUUAAAAAAAAAAAAAAAAUCGUGACAAGCAAAUAACCUUAAAUUUACGAUUGUAUUUGAAAAAACAAGCAAGAAAAAAAAUCAUGUCAUGACCGUAUCUUAACAACUCUUUUUUUUGUUUUUCUUAUGAGCAAUAUAUGCAUCUAAUUUUGUUUUUUAUUUUAAAUCACCGUAUGCGAUAAUAUAUACAAUCACAACAUUGCACAUUUUUAAAUUUACAAAAAAAAAAACCCAUUACCAUUGUAUUGUUUUUUUUUUCAAUACCUCGCGCAGUAUAGUCGAAAUUUUUGUUAUUAUUAUAGUAUAUUAAACGCUUUCGGCAAACUUAUCGUUUUAUCGUCUUGCUAGUUUCUGUACCUAGUUUUUUCUUCCUCUGAAAACAUGUACAUAUUAUUAUUUAUGUGAAAUUUAAGGAAUGACGAUUUUAUUCCACGUUCACGAAUGUUGGUAUUUAAUUUCGACCAAUAACAUACAGGUAUAGUGGCCGAAAUCCCCAGAUAUAUCUAUAUAUAGUCUUUACGUUUUAAAUAAUUCUAAACACUAUUGCUGUCGAUAUUCGUUCAAUAACUGAUAAUAUGACCACGUAUUAUAGACGCAACUAGACCUCUAGCCUGGUAGGAAAACGAAGAAUGCUAAACGGAUGAGUAAAAAGCGGAAGUCGGAGAUUAAGAGGCCAUUUCAGACUAAGUCCAAUUUGAUUGCGUACGGCCCCAUAAAUAAUCAAGAAUGAAAAUUAUUUGUUAAUGCGUUGUCCUUGAAAUACAAUCAAUUUUGAAGUGAUUCCUAUUAUUGAUGAUGACGGUAAUUGUUUAUUCCGCAUGAUUUCUUAUUGUUUAUAUGGUAGUGAAGAUAGAAAUGUUGAAAUACGUUUGAUUGGUAUUGUUAUUGUGUGUAUAUGAUCCCUUUGGUCUCCCAUUUGUAUUUAACAAAAAAAAAAGAAAAAAAGAGAUGCCGUUUUAAAAAUCAAAAAAAUCAAGUUCAAUUAGAUAUUCGUACCAAAAAUACCUAAAAACCUAAUUAUUGCCAUUUUAGUAGGGGUCUUUAAUUUUUUUGAAAAUAUAACAUAGCCCAUCUCACUCGCUGAUAAUCAGCUUUUUAUCUUUUUAUAGGUGAAACAAGUUUUAAAAUCGGUUAAGUAGUUUUUGAGCUUAUUCAUUACAAACAUACAAGCGAAUAUUUUCUCUUUAUAAUAUUAUUACCUAGUAUAGAUUAUAUGACGUAUAAUUUCGGUUAACGUAUCAUGUAUCUGUAAUAUCUGAUAUUUUUUUACAAUGACCACAGUUAAAGUGCGUUCACAAUACUGCUAGUUCGUAAUGAUAUCUUUACGUAGGAGCGAGCAAAUCAUUUUUUAAAAAAAGAAGAAAAAGUAAUUUUCUUGUUCCUGCGAAACGUAGUCCAUUCAACAUUCAAUAUUAUAGUAUAUAUAUGGUCAAGAAUAACGGGACGAUAUGAAAUGCGAUGUACGUAUACUAUAUAAACUAUACCUAAGUAAACGAAGUAUACACCGACCAUUGACCGCCGAUCGAUAUUGUAAUCCGGUUCACGUUACAGAUCUAUCUAUCAAUGACUAUAGGUAUGGAUAUCUGCUAUAAUAAUAGCCGCGAGUCAAAACCGGUUGUCGUGAGUUUGCAAAUUGAACAUAAUUGCGCGUCAGUUGACAACUUGUUGAAUGCUGCUGCUGCUGCAAUAAUUCGAUCGAUGUAUACUGUGGUAUACCUAUGGAUUUUAUUGUGCUACAGAAUAUCCGAUUUUUUUUUGUACACCCUCAAAAUAUUAUCUAAUAUAUCGGGUACAAUACAGAGUGUGGUGUAAUGCCAUCGCCCGAUUUCUAUUUUGACUCCCCCGUUAUUUAGAGAUUCUACGUCUUUCCGAUCGUGAUGUUUUUCUACUUCAAACGGGGAUUUUUAAAAGGCCUCAUUCCUUCCGUAUUAUCUCCUAUUAUACAAUGCGUAAAAGUGGAUACCGAUUUCGCCAAUACGCGUAUCUAGACAACUGUAAUCUUUUACUUUAUAACCGUACAGAAUAUGUUCUGUUUCAAAUGUGUAAAUAUCGACUGGUUUAAACUGAAUUUAAAUUUAUAAAAAAUAUAAUAACUUAAUCGGGUGUUUGUUAAAAAGCGAAAACAUAACAAUAUUAUUCGCGUUCUGUACAUACAAUAAUUAUAAUCGUCCUCGUUGUUGAUUUUAAUAAAAAAAAUAUAUAUUUCUGCAGUAUAGUUUUGGAUGUAAUAUUAUGAUUGCAGCAGUUAUUGUUCCUGUAUAAAAUAAUAAUAGCGCGGUGCGUAUAAAUUUUAUAAUUUCAUUAUCACAAUAUUUUUAUGUCUUAUGGCCCAUUGUCUUUUAUACGGUAUAUGUUUAUUAGAAUAUUAUUACUUCACGUUGUAUUGUUAUUAUAUAGUUGCAGUAAUCCAUUAUUCAGAAACCGUAUACAAUAUUAUCGAAACGAGUAUAAUGAUUUUUAAACCUAUGAAAGAUACUUUUUGUGAAUAAUUGCGGUAGGUAACCUAUAAUACGCAUAUAUUCUACACCAGCGAUGCAGUUAUAAUAAUAAUAGCGUUAUGAUGAAAUACCGCUGACUCGGUGACUUAAACGCGGGUCGUCAUCGGAAAGCCGAGUGAAUAUUGAACUCUCCGGUUGGCAUAUAAUAAAACUGAUUUAGAAAUUAAUAUUUAGCUACGAUAAUAGUCCGUUAAUUAUUAUUAUAAUAGACCGUUAUCGAGCUAAGAUAAAAAAAAUUCCAAAAAUUGGCAUAAGCCCUUCUUCCACGGGACCAACGAUGUAUAAAGUCUCCGUGUAAGUUUUGAUUUUAUACGUCCUAUAGACAACAUGUAUUAUACAAUUAGGCAUUAAAAAUUGAAUUAUCAUAUACUAUAACAUAGUGUUUCCGGGCGCGGUCGCGGGUUUCUUCGUGUGGCAUAAUACGACAUUAUUGGCUAAUGACACACAAUUCUCCUAUAUACAUACAGACACUGUUCAAGAGACAAGUGUGUAUACACAUAUUAUGCGCACACUCGUGGAUUUUCGUACGGGUUAGGUACCCGUGCAGCGUAUAAGUCGUAUCGAAAUACGACUACGCGUCUAUUGCGAAAAAACCAAGCCGCGGUGUCCCAGAAAAAUAUUAAAUUAUUAUCUAUAUACUAUCGUCGUUGGCGCGCGGUGACGACACAUCCACGCCGCACAGCGAACACAAUCGGCCGCAUUCCUCGGUGUUCUGCGCGAGCGAAGAUAUUUAUCGCACGUAGCCAUACAUCAUAUAUACGUAUACUUAUCGGUUAUUUACGUAUAGUCUGCAACACACGCGCAUAUUUAUACAAAAGUACGGUCAAUCAUACGAGCAAGUGACCAGGAAACGAUUAUAUUAUUAUAGCACUGAUGGCCGAACUUAUAUAGGUAUUAGGUGUAUCGUUACGCAAUCGAGGAAAAAAGCGGCUUUAGGGCAAUUUUAAGCAACAGUUUUUAAGAUUUACGAGCUAUGUACGAGAUGCUCGUUUAUAAUAUGAGAUACUCGUGACAUAAUAUAUAUUAUGAUAAACGUACACGAUUGUACAUCUCGAAUAAUAAUUAAAGGGGUUUAGACGAAAGUUAUCAUCAGAUUGUAUAGAUACUAUUUGUACGCACGUUACGUAUGCAUCGGAUGAACAAUGAAUAAAAAAUUAGCUACACCAUUAAUUUUCUAGUCGUUCGUUCCUGCAUCACUCUGUGGCUCUGAAAAAAAAAAUCGCGUACCUCCGCUAAAAUACCGAUUAUCGUCGAAACGUCGAAAUUUUUCAGCCGUACAAAAAUAAUAAUAAUAUCGCGGAUCCGAGUAUCUACCUGCAAUUAUUUAGAUGACACUGCGGGUUGGAUGGUGUAGAAAACGGCGACGACCGUAUCGUUUUAAUUAUUAUCAUAUUAUUAUAAUCGUAUCUUGUGUCUAGGUUAGUGCACUUUCAAGGUUGUCAACCCUUUUUGUCGCGACCGCAGUUUCAACUAUAAUAAUAGGUACACGUGCUAAUUAAAUAAAUGCAACAUCAAACUGCGCAUGGAAUAUCGUAUUUAACAAAAUUAUUUUUGAAACAUUUUCCUACGGAGCACGCAUAGUCCUUUUGCUGCUUCAAUAUCAAAUCCUUCCAGAUCUAUCUCGGUUAUCCGCUUCUACAUCCAUCAAACUCGGCAUCAUUAUAAUUUACUCCUUCAAUAACUUAACCUUUUCAGAUUCGAUCUGGCCUACAACGAUAACGCGGCCUUUCUCGUGGUCUUUUCUUACUAGAGUACUUGUUAAACUGUUUGUUUAUUCUUAUCAUUAUUCUUACUUGUUAUGAUUUAAUCAUAUGCAAUGUUUAAUUAUUUUUAUUCUUUGGUAGAUCUGUUUCGAAUGUCAUGACCUUGUUAAAGCAAGCGCAUAAUAUGAUUGGUAAUAUUUUACCAAGCUUCCCCUUUUAUUUUUCACAUAAUUUCUGUUACUGACCUGAUUCCUGUUUUAAACCUUUGAUUUACCCAAUAAAUCGGCUAGGGUUCACUUAGACGUCGUAUAUUUUUUUUUGGCACGUAUACUUUACCCAGACUAAUUUUUUUUUUUGUAAACCGUCUCUUAUUAUAUGACUGAUAAAUUUGACGCUGCAUUGAAAAGAAAAAUCGUCUAUUUUCUUGGAUGGUAAAUACCUUCAAUAUCGAUGCAUUUUUAUUUCUUCUUCAUAUUUAGCCUUUUUCUAUACCAUACAAUCUCAAAAGAUUCUAGUAUUCUAUGACAAAAUGCAUAGUUUUUUAUGUUGCUACGGGAACACCAGCGUGUUUUCAACAGAUAUACUUAAGUCUUUGUUUCUUUUCUUAUGUUAUUGUUCUUUCUAAUAAUAUAUAACACUAUAUCAAUAAUAAUGAUGCUUUUAGUUUUGAAUUUAAAAUCAGUAAAUCUACAGGUAUCAUACAAUGUUAUCUUUAUGCUAAUAACGGCCGUAAAGCAUUUGCGCAUCGUCUACCUGUACCAAAUUAUCGUAUAUCAUAUGCGCAUAAACAUACUGAACAAUAGAAGGGUGUAAAAUAAAAUAUAGACACAAGUUUUUGUUAAAUAAGCAUUUAAAGUUAAAGUUUUUUUAAAGUUUUUAAAUUUUGACAAAAUUCACGAAAAUUUCAAAAUGUUAUGUAAAAUUAUUCUGUAGUUAAAAAUUUAAGAUUAAAUUAAUCUAAUAUAAAUUUGAUUAUUUGAGUAAAAUUAAAAAUAAAUUGUGUUCAUUUGAAUUAAGCACUAAAAAUAAUAUUAUAAAGCAAUACUUCGUAUAUUGUUUUGUUUCAUUAUUUUUAUAAAAUGAAACUUAACUGAUUACCUAUACAAUAUUUGAAAACUGAAUUGUAAAUUUAGAAAUAUAUGAAUUUUAAGCUUAGAAAAUAACUUAAGUUUUUGGGUAAAUACGCGUUUUUUCAGUUUGAUUGUUAAAUAAUAUUGAUACGUAAAUGAUGUAAGACCUUUUAACCGAUUGAUGCGCAAACGAUUUAUAACACAAAAAUCGAACAAUGCGCAACUGUCUUACGAAAAAGGUCAAAAUUAACAACAGUGAUGCGCAAACGAAGAUCGCCCCUAAUAACUCUGUCAAUAUUCAUCUUUUCCCUCUCUAUUUUUUUCAAUCGGGUUUUGUACAACACAUAUGUAGACAAAAAUUUAAUUUUCAUUUUCAUCUCUUAAUCACUGAAAACAAUAACUUUAGUUUUCCAUUUUUUAAAAUUUUCAAAAUAGCCAUUUUGUUAAAUAUAUUAUUCUAAAAAUGUUAAUGUUAUAGUCACUAAAAAAUAAAGAAAAUAGGCGUGAAAACAAUUAAUAUUCAAUAGAAGAUGAGGAAUUGCCGUACUUCCUUAUCGUGUAACGUGGUAUUCUAUUGAAAAUUAAUUGGUUUCACACCAAUUUUUUAGAAAUUAAAACUGCUAUUACUAAGAAACUAUUAAUCGGAUAUGAUUGUAUGUUACAUUAAAAUUUUUAGAAUAGUAUCUUUUACAAAAUGGAUCUUUUAAAAAUUUUGAAAAAUGAUAAAAUAAAAAUUUAUUUUUUUUUCAAUAAUUAAGGGAUAAAAUACUAAUUUAAUUGUUCUUUACAUUAUUUGUCCCCCCACGCACAAAGCCCGAUAAAAAAAAAAUGCAUACAAAUGAAUAUUGAUAGAAUUAUUAGUAUAAAGAUAACACUGUAAGACACCCUGCACGUACAUUAUUAUUUUCAAAAAAUGAUCGUUAUAUACCUCCACAUAAAACGGAUAAUUCGAACAUUUCGUCAUUUAGUUUGCGUGCAGGUGUUUCUAAACUAUCGGCCGAUUCUAAUGUAAUAACUUUUACUACUGCUGUAAAAAAAAAAAAUCAUUUUAUCAUUAUAUACUGUAUUAAUAUGAUAUAGUUUCCUCACUCCGCGUAGCUCACGUUUAUAUAGAUUAUCAAAAUAACCUAGUUNUUUUUUUUUUUUUUUUUUUUUUUUUAUUGAGAACGUUUGGAAAAAUAUAAAAAAAUGAAUUCAUUAAACCAUAUCCUUCUUCUUAACGCGCGUUUAAUAUAAUAUAUUAUAUAUUAAUAACUUAGGAAUACGAGUUCUUUGAGGACAUUACGAAAAUUAAUCGUUCGAAAAAAUGUAACUCGCGCGCGGUCGACGUCCUUGGGCGAUAGAAAAUAAAGAUUAGAAAACAUAGUAUACGCGUAGUUGUAAUAUCUUAAAGAGAUUAUUUAUGUCUUCUGUGAUGUUAAUAAUUUAGUGGAUAGUGAAAAUGUUAAAAUACAACAUUCAAUUACGUCUCGUGAUAAGUAUACCUGGGACAUUAAUUCGAUAAUUUUGUUGAAACCUGUUAAAUCCAUUACAUCGUAUCGCUGCAGCGAUCCACAAACUACUAAAUUUUAUUUUCAAAAUUGAUAAAAAAAACUUUCACCGUUUAUUCGAGUAAAUCAUAUUAUAAGCGACUCAAUCAAUAAACAAAUGUUUUGACACGUCGGUGUAAAUAUAUGUAUAUAUAAUCUGCAUAAUAUUACGUUUGUGUAAUUCAUUUUUCAUUUUUCAGUCGGACUUAUUUCGAUUUUGAUUAGUUUAUUAUCUAUGAGUUAAUAACAUGUAGAAUUUACUUAGACGUAUACACCACGAAAUAAUGCUACAGUUGGCUACCGUAUUAUUUUCCACUGUGUUUUUAAAUUUUGAGUGGGUGAAGAAUAUAUUGGUUUUACUAUGUGUUUUUUUUUUUCUAUUUCAGUAAAAGUACGACUACUCUACUUAUUUUUUUCUCGUUAGGUUCUGUUUUUAUUAAAAUGUGUUUGACUUAUUAUACGCCUAUACUGUUUGCUUGUUGCGUAACAUAAUAAAACCUUUUCUAAUCCGGUUGGAUAAUACGACGACGACGACGCGACGCUCGAUCAAAUACUCGUACAAUAUAAUAUUGUCAAUUGAAUUAUAUCAAGUCAAUGUUUGUGUAGUCACGAAAAAUUCGUUUCAGUUAAUUCAAUUACAAAUAAAACGACCACUGCGGGUAUGAAAAAGUGAAGCGAUUUUGUAUUGUUGUUGAUUUUUUGUCGGUAUACCCGGUACUAUCAUCGGUUCGGAUCCAGCGUAUUCUUCUAUACGGCCGUAAUUUAAAAAAAAAAAAAAAAUACACUUAAAAAAAAUAAAUACAAAUUAUAUUUAAACCGGAUUUUCGGAUUUGUCUUGAUUUUACGAAGCAACUACGCAAAACGAAAUAAAAUCGAAUAUUGUAAGAGCAUCAAAUUAAUUGGUGGAAAAUUCGACUUUAGUCACGGAGUUCUACUGCUACUCAUGUGUUUUGUUUUGGAUGUGUAAAUAAUUUUUCUACCAGAAAUCUCAUUCUAAUUAAAAACAUUACAAGAACUUUUUUUUAGUAUUUUUGAUCCAGGUAUUAAGGUGUUAAUUAUUUAUUUUUCUUGCAGUUUUCUUAAUAAAUAAGAAAAACUGGUAACUUUUGUUAUAAUUUAUGUUGAUUUCUGGGUUACCUUUAUUAGCAACAAUAAAAAAAAAUACGACUAAUAAUACUUUGCUGAGAAUCGUAUUUUAUUAGUAAUAGUUUAUUAUUGAAUACUGAUAUCAAUUAAAUUAUUCUAUACAUCCUCCUUUUUAACUUCCUUUCUAAAACAAUGACAUACCCUCCUAAAAAAGUGAUAUACUCAUUAGCAGUUUCAGCCUUUUAGAUUCUGAGCAGAGCAGUGAGGAAUUUAUUGGUUUCACAAUUAUGUUUUUUAUUUUUAUUAUUUGUGAACAACGUUUCUACUAAAAAUCUUGCUUCGAUUUCCAAGUGUAGUACUUUUUCUGAACGGAAAUUUGACUGCUAUAGUAUUUUAGGGUUAAUUUUUGAUUUUAUCAGGGUUUUUUUUUAUAAUAAAUGGAAACUCCGAAAGAACCAUAGGAAAACCCGGAAAAUGUACAAAAUGUAUUCAAAUCGUAAAUAUUAUGACUCCGCUGACUUCGCUCAGAAUCGUUUUUUGUCAGAAAUGAUAAAUCGCUGCGUACAUAUAUACAUUAAAUUUCCUUUAUACCUUCUCAACUUUUCACCUACACCAGUAGCCCACAUAUUGUGCAAAGUAUGCCUGUUUGUUUUUCUAUUGUUUUUUAAUGUAAAUACAAAUUACGAUAUAAUAAACGACUUAAUAGCCCGUCAAUUUAUAUUUUGUUACUUCAAGUAUCAAAUAUGUUAUGUCCGAUUUGUCAUUAAGGUAUUUGGUAAUUUUGUUUAAUGGUUCGUCUGAAUGUAAUAUUACAUAAAAAAAUUAUACUCCAUUACCCUACUAAAAAAAAAUUAAUAAAAUCGCCGUUAUACCUGUACAUAAUAAAAUAUACCUUAUACAAAUAUAUAUGGCAAAAUAUCAAGAAAUCAUUUUAAUAAAUAUAAUUUUAAAAAACCAAGGUGAUCGGUCUCGAGAAUAUAAUAUAGGCUACCGCACGGGUCGAAGGAAGUAUUUUCAAUAGAAUAAGGUCGAGAUAAUAUCUGUGAUUUAAAUUAAAUUAUGUAUCGUAUUUAUAUUAAAGGCGUUGUACUUAAUAUUAUUAGUAUUAUAUAUACAGUGGUAUCCUUGUUAAUCUUGAUUUUAAUUCGCAUAUUAUAAUAAUUAUCGAGUGUGUAGUAUAUUGUUUUAAAAACCGGUCGUUUUUUUUAUAAUUUUAAAAAUUCAAAUAGAUAAUACGCGUAUACGAAUAUACAGCUCAAUAUACUUAUAUCGACUCUCAUAUUUUAUGUAUUUAAGGUUAGGUUAGGUUAGUAUAGUCUCUUGAAUCGGAAGAAAUAUUUGGGUUUGUAUUUUGAAUAAAAUGUAUUUAGAUCCAUCUAAAACAAACAAAAAUGACUUUUAAAACUGAUUUUAAAAAUAAAAGGCCUGUAUAACAUUAUUUAUUGUAUACAAUUCGUAGAUUACGACGUUUUAAAGAGAACUCCGUUUGCGUUUUACAGUUACUCUCUAAAUAUUCAACUCGUUAUCGAAAAAGUACGAAAAAUCGUGUUUUGCAAUUUUGUAUUGUUUAAAUUUUCGUCUUUUUUUAAUAAUCACCGACCUUCAAAAAAAGACAACGAUGUUAUCAUAUUGUCUUUAAAAUUUUAUCAUUUUUUAUUUUAAUCUUUUAUAGAAAAAUAUUUAGAAUCUAUAAUUAUAGAUACUAUACAUUUGAUAGUAGAAGGUUCACGAAAAACAGGAAAGCAUGAUAGAGACAGCUAUUGGAACUAUCCCUAAAAUUGCUGUCAUUUAUAAAUCGUAUCUCUAAACCGAAUUCAAUAGCCUAUUCGUAUAAUACAUUUUUGCUACAUUGUCUGUUAUAACGAAAAAUAGAGAUGGCAAAUGCCACUGUGAUGGCCUCUUUAAUAAUUGUUUUUUCCUGGUUGCAGACACGUAUAAUCGUAUGACAAACGUCGCAUAUCCGAUAAUUGUUUGAAUUGUAUUUACGAAUAGAUACUUGCCCAAUUUAUCUAUAUAAAAAAAAAAAAACACCGUAUCGUUUACCAUCGUAACAAUGUGAUAUGUUUGCAUGUAUGGUAACAUAUCAAUAGAAAAACGUAUAUGACGAAAUCGAGACGUUCGUUUAAAAAAAAUGAUUAUACUAUGACCGAGAAGGUGUUUUUUCAAGAUAAUAUUAUGUUUCCGAUUUAAAUUAGCUAGGUAUACAUUUUAUUAUUAUUUCACUCUAUAAGAUCGCAUUACAAUGUAAUAUAACAUUAUUAUAUUUUGCACGUGGCAUUUAUGUACACUCGGUGACAUAUCAACUCGUAUUACCAAUGUUGACAUAUGUUGAUAUCGUUCAAAAUAAAUAUAAUACGAAUAUUUCGAAUUACGUUUCACAAUAAAAAUUUCACACUGAAUCAGAUAAAAAAUAUCUGAUCAAAUUUGAAUCUGAAAAUUGGCCGGAUCCAAAUCUAACCGAACCUUAUCUACCUAAACUUUUUAAUAAUAUUAUGAAUAAGUAUUAGUAUCACAUAGUAUAUUGUGGUAUUAAUAUCCAACGUUUAAAAUGUCCCGACAACAAUUUACUCGUAUUGAUAAUACCCAUACCGGUAUUUAUGAGUUUUUUUUAAUUUGUUUGUUUUAGGUGGUCCAGAAAUGGGCUCGACUAUUACCAUAUAGUUUGAGAACGUUACCUGUCAUACGACGACGUCCGUCAUGAACUGCAAUUAUUUUUCAUGGAAACUAGUGUUGGUCACUGUGGUAUGUUUCGCGUGCAGGACCGCGGGCCAUGUGGCACUCACAUUUCCACCAGCUCGAUCGUACGACCUCGACUUCCUGGACACGAGCCGAACACCCGGCCCAUGUGGUAUGCCCAAAGGUGAGUGUCUCUAUAAGCAUAAUGAAAUGUAUACCAUUUUUUUCUUCUUCUCUAGUUUCUGUAGGCCUCUGAAAAAUGUCCCGUAUCUUAUAUCCAAUGCUCCAUAAUGUUCUUUGUUAUUGAUUUUUCUUUUCAGUUCGAACCUAAGUCUGUGGAAGAAAUUUCACAUAAUGUUUUUAUUACAUAUUUUCUUAUCUCAUUCUGAAUAUUCCCAAAGGAUUUUUACCACGCGGAUUCCUAUUCUAUACGCCGCUUUUAUCGUAUAGCUUAUUUUGAAUCUUAAAUAAGUGUAUCGUGAUAUAAUAUACAAUUGUAUCUAAGGUACUGUUCAACCCUACUUAUGUUUUGGAAUAAGGUUCACUUUCUUUUUCCUUCUACACUCUCUGCUGUCUUUUAUAUUUUGUUGGUCCGAAAAUUUUUUUUUUUCUUUCUAGAACUUUUUCUGGUCUAAUUUUCUGCUAGUGACCUAAAUGUUUCCGUUCCGUGCAGGAUUACUGGACCAAUCAAAUCAACAUAAUAAAAUAUUGUUUUUUUUUUAAAUUUAUUUUUAACUACCUUGACAAUGAUCAUUCUUUCAAUUUUUUUAAAGCAAAUAAUAAACUAAUGAAAUAAUAUCAUGGUCCUACAAUUCACAGUUUAACACGUAUGUCGUAUAUACGAUAAAGAGUAUUUGUACAGCUAAUGUGUUUUUUUUUAUAUAUAUAUAUAUAUGUAUACUCUUCUUCAUAACUACGUUUAUUAUAAUAUAGGUACACAUAACAUUAUUAUUAUAUUAUUUUCAUACGUUACCCGCAUUGCGCAGUGUAUGUAUAAUUUAUUACGUGCGUUACAAACAAUAGAUAUACUGCAUUGUGCGCUGGCAGCCGUUAAGUAUUUUUUUUUUCACGAAAUAUCUUCUCUCGGGUAAUUGUCUUGAAAAGUCAUCGUAUAGGUAACACAAUAUAACAAAAUGGCCUACUGAUGCAAAAUAACUAAUUUUGUUUCAUAACGCCAGAGUAUAGAUAUAGGUACACACAAAAGGCGUCCGUAGUAUAAUAUUAUUAUUUAUUAUUAUUAUUAUUAUUAUAAUACGUAGGCAGAUGAGGUUUUAUUAUUGUAAUAUCCUGAGGGAGGACAAUCAAUCGGGAGCAUAGGUCUGCCGAAGGACACACACGUCUUGUUUGUAAGUUUGAAUAAUAAUAUGUACUAAUAAUACAAUUGGAUUAAUCAGUUUAAAAAAAAAAAUAGGUACCUACGCUCAUGUGUGUAUAAAUAAAUAAUAUAUUUUAUAAUAGAAUAGUCGAGAAUUAUUAUUAUGUUAGCAAUACGUGUGCAUGAGAUUGAGUUUAUCUUUAUAUAAGGGUUACGUUGAUUUUUCUGUAUAGGUAAUAUUGUAUUAUAUAUUAUUGUUUGUUGUUUGUCGGAAAUAUUGAACUGUGUUGGUUUGAAAUUGAUUUUUAAAAUUACACUCAUAGAUUAAACCGAUUUCAGGUAUAACGUAUGCGCUUUAAAAUUCUUUGCGAAGUGAGGAGUCGAUUAGUUUUACUAGUAUGUUUUUUGUAUCUGUAAUCGACUUUACUAUCAAAAAUCUUGCUCCAAUCAAAAGUUAUAACUAAUAAGACUUUGUUCAGAAUUAUUUUUCGUAAGCAAUAGUUUAUCAUUUCGUACAAAUGACUCCGUAUAUGCUUCUUUCUAAAUUAUAUUCAUAACACACUCAUCAGCAUUGGAACUUUUUUUUAUUCAAUUGGACAAGGGAUUCGUAUAAUAGCUACUUAUAUUGAAAAGUUUAAAAAAGUGUCAUAUAAUACAACGAUUAAUAAAUGUUUUUGUUUUUGAUAAAAUAAAAUAGUGUUCACAUAAAAAAAGAAUAAUACAGUUAAUAGGUACGCCAUUGUUUUAAGAGGGAAAUUGAAAGUGGGGAUAUACAGUAAUACAAAGUAAUCUAAUCUAUAUAUCUAUACGAAACGUUUAAUCAUUGCUAAUGAAAAACGAUUCUGACCAGAGUAGUUGUAUUUUUUCGUUUAUCAUUAAGGUAACUUCGAAAUCAACAAAAAUAUUAUUUUUCCAGUAAUUAAGAAAGCACAAAAGCAUAAAUUAUCAUAACAUUACGUUCUAAAUGCACCAACUAAAUUAAAAAUACUAUUAAAAAGUGCAUAUAACGUUUUUGAUUAGUGCAAAAUUUCUGAUAGAAAUCUUAUGUAUAGACACAAAAAGAAAACAUUUAUUCUUUUAGAAUCCAAAACAAUCAUAGCUAAAUAUAAGAGAGAUUAUUUUAUUGAUUUAUUGGCUCGUGAAAUAUUUGUUCAUGCCAUGAAUAACGUGAUAAAUAUUUGUGAUAAUAUGAAAAAUGAUUAUACUUGUAAAUGAAAUAUUUGAAAUUAAUCGCAAAUUGUUUCAGGUUUCUAUAUCAUCACUUGCUGAUUUGACAUACCUUUAAUGAACUAUCUAAUUUUUUUUGUUUAAAUAUAUAUAUAUAUAUAUGAAAACAAAAUCCAUCCAUACAUACAAAUAGGUUUUGUUUUUUGAAGGAAAAAGCGGGGGAAAUUCACAGUAUGUAUACCCGUUUCUCAACAAAAUAAACUUCAGUUAUUUCAUCUUCAAUAUCUAGCAUGUUAAAUUUUUUUUCUGAUCACGACAACUGUUGAAAUGAUGUUAUAUAACGAUUUGAAUAACAGUAAAUCGAGUUCGUAUUUCGAACGAUUUAUAGUACCCACUUAUUGCAAUGUCUUUGAACAAAAAUACACAAUCAUCAUCACGACCGUCGAUCGAAUAUCCAAAAUCUAUACGUUUAUAUCUUUUGCUUGGUUCAAGAAGGACCAAUGUACAAAAACAAAAAAAAAAAUAUGCAUUAUAACGACUAUGGACUUUACGCUAGAUUUUUGGAAUCAAUUUAUUUUUUUUAAUUUGUUUUUUUUUACAUAGGCCCAUUUUGCACCAAGCCACAUAUAUAUACAUUCAGUUUUUAUCGUAUUGAUUUUGAAUUACUUAAGAGUUUUUGUAUUCUUCUUUGCCAUUGCCGCAUUAUUAUAUAUGUGAAAAUAAUGAAAACUCAAGAAGUAUCUAAUGUUUGUUGCACAAAAAAAAAAAAAAAAAAAAAAAAAAACGUACGCAUUUUGGAUUUUUAAUUUGAAAUUAUUUGUACUCGAAUACAAUUAUACAUAUAUACUAUUAUUAUUGUAACCCAGUCAUUGUGGAAUAACAUAAUAUGAAUGCAAUCAACAGAAUAUUAUUAUAAGGAACAUCGUAAUAUAACAGUAUUCGUGACAAAGCGAAAACGGUCUUACGAUGUAGAGGAAAUCGUUUUUAUAUUCAGCGUUAGAUUAUUAGAGGAGUUCAAUCUAUAAAUAAAAAUAUACCAAUCCGUCGGAAUAAUAGUAUUGCAUUUAAUUUAGGUACAGUUAUAUUUUACUUGUUCGUAUUUACUAUGAUAUUCAUGUAGCUAUAAGGGCCAAGGUUUAAACUCGAGCGAAUGCAUUGUAGAUAUAGAUUACAUAGCCAAGUAGGUAAUGUUUACUACCUACAAUUCGUAACAUGAAUAAUAUUUGUGUAUAUCUGCAUUAGACGAUUGAACUAAUAGUAAUUUUCAAUACGGCAAUUAGUUUAUUAUUAAUUUUUUUUUAAAGAUCAAGCCAACACUUGUUUAGGUUUUUUCCUAACAUUUUAAAUUAUCGUAAGUUUUUCUGAAAAUCAAUAAAUUAGAAAACACCUACGGGAUGGUUUCUUAAAUAUAUUUUGUAUAAAUUUGAUAAUAUUCAAUUUCUUUUCUCCGAGCAGUUAAAAACACCUUUUCCCUGUAAUCGUUUUUUUUUUUUACAGAUACAUACUGAAGUAGCAUAUAUAAGUAGUACAUAUUUAGUGUACGUACUUUAAAGAAACUGUGUUUGUAUUAGUGAUGGGCACUUCUAAUUGAUUUAAACUAUCGAUAGUUUUCAAUAGUUCGGAUAAACUCUUUAUAUAGUAUGUCAUUCGAACAGUUUUUUUUUUUUUUCAUAACUACAUAUUAUAAACUAUUCAAAUAGGUAGCUUUUAAUCUGUCAAAUACUUGAAAUGCGAUCAAUUAUCGAACAGUUCAACAAUUACUAUUCGGUUAUGCCCAUCAUUGUUUUUUAUAAUUGUAUAACAUCCUUCGUGUUUACGAUAAAUUCAAUUAUAUACUAUAAUUCGAAUUUGAUUGUACCACUAACUCAUAGAUACUAUUGUAUUAUUAUAAUAUUAUUACACGAAAACCAAAAAAAUAACAAUUCCUGUACAAUAUUCGUCAUAGACAUCAUACAAUCGGUGUACCACAAAAUAUUAUUAUUACAUUAUUAUGUUGCAACGAUAAAAAAAAAAAUCUAAUAAAAACACACAUAUAUUUAUACAACGAUGUAUGUAUAUAUAUACAUACAUCGUUGUAUAAAAGUGAUUUAACUAUACUAUAUUAUACGAGUAGGUGCUAUUACAGGUGUUACACAAUAGUAAUGUGUCGUUGGUCUCGAAUACAUCAGUUCGCCCGAUGGUAAUCUAAAAAAAAAAAAAAUAACAUUCAACACUUUUAUUGGUAGGCAUAGGCAUAUAGGUUUUAUAUACCAUCGUGAUUUUUUUUUUUUUUUUUUUUGUAGACGAUGUACUUAUAUAUAAUAUUACAACGGUAGAGUUUGUUCGUCCGCUAUUGGAAUCCCGUCUGGCCACUUUUCCCCCUCGAUUAUAAUAAUAAUAAUAAUAAUAAAAAAAAAAAUCUGGUUUAUUUAGUACGCGCGGUGUACACCGUGGCCCGGCAUUCUUGUUGCCAUUGGUUUUUGUUUUGUGUUUUAUUCAUUGAAAAUCAAAUAUUAUUAUUUCUAUUAUAUUCCACACACACCCCCCCUCCUCUCCUGCGGAGGAAUUAUUCGAUUAUAAAUACACAUUCAAAGCUCAACAGUAACUAUAGUUUAACAAUUUAAAAGUUACAUAACAGUAAAUAGUUACUUCUUUUUUUUUUUAUAUUCAUUUUGACUUUAAUACGUAUAUUCUAUAUUAGAGUAAAAAAUCCUCGUACCUAUAUACUUAUAAUAGUUACUAUUUUCCUAAAAAUGUGUAAUUCGACUUAAUAUUAAUCGUUCAAAUAUAUUUAUAUUUUAAAAUUAACUUUAACUUAGUUUAGUCAGUUAUUUUUCUCAAGAAAAUUCAACUUAAACUACUUACAUAAAUUGAUACUCGCCUAGCUCUGGUUGUAUAUUAGGAAAAUAGACUUGCUCGGUAAAAAAAAUUGCUAGUACAUAUUUUGUACGAAAUGAUGUAAGACGAAAUCGAAAGUUUCUCAUGCAGUUUAGUUAUACCUAGUUUGCAGUGUCGAUAGAAAGUUUUAUUUAUUUAUUUAUUUUUUUUUUUUCAAGGAAAUUAACGAUUGACCUCGAAUCGAUUUGACUUCUCUGUGGAACGCGUAUUUCCGUAUAAAUAAUAUCUGAACUCGACAGCUGCAACAUCUAUCGUUUAAUGUGUUACUACAACUGUAUACUAUUAUUUUCUAUUUCGUUUUAGCGGGUCACUAUAAGUGAUUGGUGUUAUAACCAAUAUUAUUAUCAUAUUGUACAUAGAUAAACGACAUAGAUGACGACUAAAGAUUUAUACAGGAUUAGAAUAUAAAAAAUAUUUUCUAUUAUUUAGAUAGUAUUAGUAUAUAAUAAUGACAAUUCAUAAAAACAGAAUUUAAGAAGAUACCUAUAGACAAUUCAGAUUUAAGAAAUACAUUAUUAAAUAUUUAGAAUCUUAUAAGUAGGUACCAACUAAUAAGUAUGUCUAGUAAUUUGUUUUGAAUAUGAAAAAUCAGUUUUCAUAGUAGGGGUAAACUAAUAUAAUAUUGUGAUACAUGUUUGCGAUUACCAAAAAUGAUUAAAAAAAAUAAAAAAAAAUAUUAGACAACUUUUGAGGAAUUAUGGUAUAAUAUAAUUAAUAAUAUAUUAAUAAUAAUAUUCAAUACCUAUAGAAUUUAUUAUCUACAUAAUUAAUAUAUAUAGGUAAUUAAGAAAAAAAAAGAUGAUGAAAUAUUUUGACUUUAUCUGGAUAAAAUAUAUAAAAUUAUUUUAUCUAUAUAGAUAAUCCCGACACAUCUGGUUUAUAAUGUAGGUAUCGUAAAAACAUUGGUAACGUAUUUUGUUCGAUCUUUAUUUAUUCCAUAAAUACUUAUAUGUACAUACCUAAUGUGUAAAUAAAUAUAUACUCACAAACAUGUGUUCCAUAUUACGGCAAUAAUUGUAAUAAUAAUAAUAAUAAUGAUAUUAUUAUUAUCUUUAACUUAUACGGGAGUAUAGGUAUACCAAACAUGAGACUAGCCGUUCGCCGCUACACGGGAGAAUAAUUAUUAUUUCAUUUUCAUAAACGAAAACAACCUUGAACGUAUAUAAUAAUAAUAAUAAUAAUAAUAUAUACUAUAAAGAAUGUUAGGAACGUACCUUUAUACCUGUACAUUAUAAUGCUAUGUUAAAACCGAAAGUAAAAAAAAAAAAAAAACAAUCUCUCGGGAGGACCCCGCCCGUUUGUUUACCGCCCGAAUUAUUACGUUCCGUUCAGUUGGUACAUUUGGAUAUUAUAAUAUUCGAAAACUCGUCUUCAGACUCCGCGACUAUAUAGACACACAGCUAUAUAAUAUUAUUAUAGCGUUCGUUUUAUUUUUAUUUCAAAUCGUUUUCAAUAAUAAUUAUUAUUAUUAUACACAACGUCCCGUGUAGUCUAGGUAUACCUAAGCCUAUAUUUUAUUUUUUAAUACAUCUAUGCGAAAACCACAAUCGGUUGUAAAGUUUUUUUUCUCAUAAGUGUUCGUGAGAAGCGAAAGGACCGUGUACCUAUAGGUACCUAUAAAACACGAUAUUUUAUUGGUACCUAUACCUGUAUAAUAUAUUCGAGAUUCAAGAGGUUCGCUACUACAAAAGAGCAAUACUUCUUAGGUCGGUAUAACAGAUUCGUUUCCAAUACAAUAUUAUUAUUAUUCGGUGCUCGUUUAAACGAUGUGAUAUUCAAAAAAAAAAAACGCACGUUGGGAACACAAUAAUAAUAAUAUGAGAAAAAAAAUUGCAUAUAGGUACGUUUACAACUGACUAUAUGUGCACAGUAGUUACUUUUUCCUUUCCUUUUCGUCCGUUUUUUCUUCUUAAAUUGGUCUACUUUUUAUUAUUAUUAUUAUUAUUUAUACUCUCUAUUUUUUUUUUUCAUUAUAACACUGCCCGAAUGAUGAUUUCCAUAUAUUAUAAUUGUUAUUCAUGUACAAACGCACAUAUACUUUUAAAUUAUCAUAUUAUAUAGUUACGACGGUAACGCGCGUAAUAAUAAUUUAUCAUGGAAUAUUGUAGUGCGUACACUUUUUUGAUAAUGCUUACGCCGGCGUUUAUCGACACUAAUAUAAUUCCAUAAAAUCGUAUAUUAUAAAAUUAUUGUAAUAACAUCGAUUUACAAUGAUCACAUUGGAUAGGUAUUGGUACCUAGGUACAUAUGUAAAAUACACUUGUAGGUAUAUCAUAGGUGAUAAUAUGCGCUGCGGAUACUCCAAGAAUACUGCACGUAACAGACUAAAAAUAUGAAAGUUUAAGUCAAUGGUAUGUCCCAUAAGUAUAUGCUAUAUGCCUACGAUUCGACAUUAAUUUUAUAGACCGAAUCGUCCAAAUCCUACCUACCUAUCUCAUACGAUUAUAAAAAUAAUAUACCAUAACGUCCAUAACUAUAUAAUGAUGAUACUAUGUGGUUUCGAUGUUAUACGUUGAGACUUAUUAAUAAUAAUUAGGUACCUUUCGAGCGAUAUAUUUAGAAGUAUAUCUACAAGCACGUAAAGCAUUUUAAAUCUGCCUCGAAACCAUAAAGAGUGUGGCAUUGAUCAUAGUGAGCUGUAAUGUCUACUUUUAUUCGUCUUCUUUUUUGUAAAAUAAACCCUAAUUAAUCGAUUUGCAGCAAUCCUCUGCUCAUCAACAGUACUCGUCUUCCUCUUAAUUUCUUCAAACGAAUCAUAUUCUUGGCCCAUCACUAUAUUUGCCGUGUAUACUGUUACCAUCACACGGUCUUCCCCUAUAAUUAUUUUUACACUACACACGACACCUAAUUCUGUAAUUAAUCCAAGCAAUCCACCAUGUUUCAGUACAUGUUCAAUCCAUUAGUUACUUCUUUCCCUGAUAAUUUUCCACAGAGCUCUUCUGAUAGUUAUUUCAAUACAUCUUUGUUAGUCACCAAAAUGUAUUAUAUAUAUAAACAAUUCUGUCUGACUGAUCUUGAGUACUUAUCUGUUGUAUGUCUCUUAUAUAUCAAAAACUUCUAUUCUUCUUAGUUCUUCUGUAGCUAUCGUUUGCGUUUAGCCACCAUGAAACAUUGUAAUCAAUCCAAAAUUUGUUUUUAGACGUUUUUUUUUCUUAUAUGUAGGCUCAUAUUUUUGAAGGAAAGGUCCCCUUUUUUCGAUUAGUCCUUAAAAAUAAAGAAAAUUGCAUUGUGUUCUGCCUGUUGUACACAUGUAUCUUUUUCGGUACUUUUAAACACUUUUAGCGGCUUCCUCUAAAUUAAACGAUUUUAAAUUCGGGAAUAAAAUUGGUUUUAUAGAUUGAAGUGACACAAUUUUGUAUCCAAGCCGCAGUUUAGAAACCUAAUGGUAUAAUGAUAUGAAUAUAUGUAUUUUUAGGUUCUGAGCAGAGCGAGGAAUGUUUUGGUUUAACAAUGUUUAUUUUUUUUCCGCGAACAACUUUUUUUAUCAGAAAUUCAGCUCUGAUUUUCUGAAAAGAAAUUCUACUGGAGUGAUACUUUAAGUAAAGGUCAUCUUUUUUGAUUUUUUCGGGGGUUUUCAUAAUAAAUGGGAAAACGGGAAAAUUUACAUUUUCAAAUCGUAAAUAUUACGGCUUUUCAGAACAUUUAUAACCGAACUUCGUUUAGAAUCGUUUUUCGGUAGCAAUGAUUAAUCGUUGCGUACAAUUAUACAUUAAAUAUCCCUUUUGCCUUCCCAACUUCUCACAAAUAACAGUAGCCCAUUCAUCGUGCGAAGAAUGUUCGUUUUUUCCAUACUAACUAUAAUAAACUGUAGGAAAAUGUAUGUGAUUUAAUUUUGUUUUUCGGCUCUGGGGGAUCAGAACCUCUAAACCCUCCCCCUCAUGAAUAUACCUUUAGCUAUGUGUACGGAUCUUCGCUCUUACAAUUGAUCUCUUUCCUCGUAGACGGAUUCUCGCCGACAGUUUAUUUAUAAAGCAAUAGUGUGCCAAUCGGUUUGUCGGAAUAUUCUCUUCGCACCAUAUAGGUACGAUACGAUACGACACCAUAUAUACUCAUGAAAGCAUAAAAAAGAGGUACUCGAUGUUAGGUAUGUAUUUACUAUUAUGAUAUAUUAUUAAAAUUACCGUCCGGUAUAAAUCAAUGUAUUAUGAUAACAAUAAUAUUUUAUAUAUUUAUACAUAUAUUUCCGUUUCGGAGGCACGUCCACGAGUUGCAUAAUAUUAUAAUAUUUCAUUCGAUAUUCGUAUACUCCUCUCGUAAACCUAUCCGGCGAGUAUUAUAAUAAGCACGUUUGUAUUUAGAGGAUACGCGUGUGCACGGCUUACGUAUACACGCUUUCGUUUUAACCGUCCGUCGACCGAAACCGAAAAAUUUAUCAAUUUGGGCGUGUGUUGCUGUGCAUUGCGAUUAUCAUGAUAUAUUAUUAUAUACUGUCACGUAACAUAAUAUAUACAUAUACGUAUGUAUAAUUGAAAUCCCGUUUAAAAAACUGUUUGGAUUAAUUAACGCGCGCUUGCGCGCGUGUCUAUAUAUGUAAUUAUUUUCUUUAUUCCACCGAUCCCGCGCGAUGUUUCAGUUACACUUUCUCGUCGUCGCCAAGUACCAGUUUUGGUCGGAUGCGGCGCGAUUCGCUCUGCUGGAGAAAAUAUCUUGUGCGCGUGUUGGCUUUUCAAGUCCACGGCCGUAAAAGAAUUUUAGUGUCUAUAUAAUGUAAGUGUAUACAGGCAAAACAAAUUGAAAAACAAUACCUUUAUGACAUAUAUAUCGGUUUGCAUUGGUUAAUUCGUUUUAUAUUUUUGUGAAAUUAUUCGAUAGAAAUCGAUAAUCUCGAUAAAAAAAAAUGCAAAAUCUAUUAGGUGGUUACAAAAAAUAAAUCCAAAGGGGGGAGCGGAUCACUUGAAUACAUACUGAAUCCGGUUAAAACUGUAAAAUGUGUUUACAUAACAUAUCUUGAACCAUACAUAAACUUAGUACGUAAACUGCAUACGUAUCCCAUACCCUGCCUUACAUUGUUAUAAAGGGAUAGCCAAUAUCUGGGCACAUCGUAUGUGUAAUAUUAUAGGAUCUAAACCGUAUGCUAUAAUUUUCUAACAAUAUCUUAUUGAACUUCUCUAAGUUAAAAAAAGAGAGAGGCAGAGAGAGAGAGACCUGUAUUAAUGAGUAUACUAGUAUAGAUGAAAUUGCGUUUUAUGCUAUCAUUUACUAAUAAUUAUGGCUUCUAAACCCUUAUUCACUCUCACUCUGUCAUUAGUCCAUUUUUUUUUUUUUUUUUUAUUCUAAGAAUCGGGUACCAAAUGUAAAACUAAAAAAGUACGUCAUGUUUUUGUUAUUAAUAUUCGUUUUUACAUGUUUUUAUAACGCACACGUGCACUUGUUUGACGUAUUAAAAAUAUUUGACACGUUCUGGGAAAAAUUCGUUGCUAAAUGAAUAUUUUCAUUCUCAGUUAACUAUUUUUCAAAAUAUCCGGAAACACAAAUAUAACAGUACACUAUUCAGCAGGCGAACUUAUGUAUUUUUUUAUUGUAAUAAUUUCAUUAUUUCACAUUAAAAUGAUUAAUGUUUCGUUUAUGUAAUUAUUAUUUUACAACAAUAUAUAUGAUGGUAUCGUUUGAAAAUCAGUUUUUUUUUCUGUACUUAUAAUUUAUAAAACUCGGAAAAUAUACAUUUUAAAAAUAAGACAAUUAAUUUAAAACAGUAAUUAUUUUACAUGUCAAAGUGUCAGAAAACUAAUAAUACUUAAUACGUAAAUUGUUUUGACAUUAUGUUGUUGAUAAUAUUCACACAAAGUGAAUUUUGUCAUUGAGGAAAGAUAAGAAACGUUCAUUAUGCUAUUUGAUUAGGCUUUUGAUGCAACAUAUUUUAUUUUUGGAGGGAGUUAAUCUAAGUACACGAUUUGCGAUUUUUGUAACCAAUAUACUUCUUAGGUUUUAUAUUGUAUCUUCUAGAUUCUGAGCGAAGUAAGAAAUAUAUUAAUUUAACAAACUAUGAUGUGUAUUUUUUGUCUGUAGACGGCUUUUAUACCAGUAAUCUUAUUUCAAUAAAAAAAUAUUAUAGGAACUCUAUGUAUGUAUUAUUGAUCUAGUUAGUGCAUUGAGCCGGUCAUUUUUGACUUUCUUUGUAUUUUUCUUAAUAAAUGGUAAAAAUUGGAAAUUGUUUGUAUAAUUUUGGUCGAUUUCUGGGUUACCUUGGUAAUAACUGAAAAAAUACUACUACUAAUAAUAAUAAUAAUACUUCGCUGAGAAUCGUUUUUCGGUUGCAACGGGUUUUUCGUUGCGUGCCAAUAUACAUUAUAUUACUCUAUAUGUCCUCCCUUUACAAACCUCCUAAAACUGCGGCACAGCCAUCAGCCGUAUCUAUCAAUUAUUCCUUGCGCUAAAAUUUCGGGACAUUGUCAAUAUUGACGACUUGUCCGAAUACUCGUAACUGUUUUGUAUAAAUUUUCGUUCACAAGUACAGUGUGAAUUAAAAAUAAUUUUUCAUCAAUAAUAUUUCGAUAUUAUAUCAAAAAAUGUACGUAGUGACCCACAUAUACAUAUAAAUGUAAUACAGGUAGGCCCAUUUACGCGAUUUUUAUAGGAAAGAAAAAGCGACGACUUGUCGGACGUCUCAUGUAAUACUUAAAAUUCCGCAGAGAACUGCGUUACGACUAUACAACUUGUUAUUAGAAUCGUACAAUAUAUAGAAAUGGACAAAUAUACUCAAAUCGCGAUUCCGCGGGUCUGAGGUCAACGCGCAUUAGCCACCGGAUCGUUUUUUUCUUUCGGUUUUUUCAAGGGCCGCCGUAAGUCACUUCAAAAUAAAUAUCAUUUUAUGUUCAAUGGAUUUCGAAUAUAAUAUUAUUAUAAGAAUAUAGUAGUAGUAGUAGUAGUUUUAAUAAUAAUAAUAAUAAUAAUAUUAACUUUCACGUCUGCCGGCGAGAAGAUCCCACGACAAGCUCGUGACCGGUACGUGGCGGCAACGGCGGCGGGGUGAAACCGUACGCGCGCGCGUUAAACUACUCACGACAAGUUUUCUCUCCGCGCUGUCCAAAUAUUAUACGUUGUCGUUGCCUCAUCUCCAGAAUCAUCGUCCGUCUUCCUACAUACGUAUAAAUACAUAAAAUAUCAUUAUCACUGUUGUUGCACAUGUAUAGGUAGGUACAUACUCCUCGGAGGUCUUUCUCUUUGACGAGUUAUGUUGUUAUUUAUAUAUAUAUUUUUUUUUUUAUCAUUACAAUACAUCUUUGGCCUCAGGGAAGAAGGGCCUGAGUCGAAUUCCGUAGUAGAAAAAUAAACCCAAACUUCGGGUAAAUAUAUGUUUUUUCUAUUUAGCACGACUGUUUAUUAUUGGUUAAUUUAUCCGCUCGUUUAUCAAAUAUUACUGUUCUUCAAUGUAUGGCUUCGAGUGUUAAAAAAAUAUCAACAAAUCUGAACACGCGAAUUCGUUGCUGCGUAUGUGUAUUACGUUAAAAAUGAAUUAACCCGAUUUACCGGUAAAUGCCCGACACUCGUAAAAUAUUUUCUGAGUAGUACGGAACCUUUCUGCAGCUAUAUACCUAUUAUACAACGAUUGUAUAAUUGUAUAAAAUAAUUGUGUACACUAAUUUCCGUUCGAGUGUGUGUUUUACAAUAACAAUUGCACGGGCGUUAUUAAUCAAGAGACAUAUCGAGAAAAAAAACGCAUUGUUUUUUGUUCGACUCUUCAUCCUCACGGAAGACGUCGCAUUGUCGGUGGAAUUGUGCCCGGCAACCCGUCAUAAUACAGGCGCGGUAUAGAAAGCGCCUCCUCGUUACAAUUUAAAUUGGCUGCUUCGCGCACCAGUGAAAGUCCUCCGUGUACCGGGUGUGCGUACGCAAAUAUAAAUAUAUAUAUAUAUAUAUAUAUUUUUUUUCGGGAUUGCGUGCGUUGACUAACAAAACUGCGUGUGUAUAAUAUUUAUACGUAUGUUUAGACUUUCACGCGUGCCACUAUUAUAAUAUGCCCCCAAAGUUUAGCUCGAAAAUAGGUGUGUCUUCGAAGAGUGCGUAUGUCGAAGAGGACAACGUAUCGACUACGACGAUGAUUUUCUCUCUUCGAAACGCGUUUCGUCGACACGACGAUAAUAAUAAUAUUAGGUUUCGAAAUACCUACAAUGUAUACUAUGCCAUAAUAUAUUCUCGUGAUUUUAAAACCUACCGUCGGAUAUCUAAUGAAUGAUAUUUUUUACGCAACAGUUAUCGAACGUCUAUAAUAAUUCACUGUGCAGGUCACUUAUAUUAUAUCAUAUACCUAUAUAAUUUGCGUCUUCGUUACACUACAGCCGAAUGUUGUUUUUUCGAUUUUGUAGGUCUUGCGAUUAACGGAGUUUUGUUUUUUUUUUUUUUAUCAUCAGUAAAACAGUAUAUAUUUGACAUUCAUUGAAUUCGAUAAUAAUAGUGAUAUUUUAAAAAUCGUAUAGUAUACCCAGGUACCUUUAAUAACCACUAUUAUGUUUCAAAUUGUAUAAACUUUAUAGAAGAAUCUGUGGCUCUGUCUGUGAUGAAACACCAAAUAUUUGGCGAAGAAGAUAUGGAACAGGGAGCUAUGUACAUGCUCGUGUAAUAUAUCCAGUCACCAAUAAUAAUAAAACAGUUUAAUAUAUUAUAAUAUUGUUUUACGUGACCGUCACCGUAGCCAGCGUUAUUAUUAUCAUGUUAAAAUAUAAUAUUAUACGUGGGUACGUUUACUCAGCAAAAAUAUGUUACGCGGUCGUCGGCCGUAACAGGGGUAUCGCGCUACUGUCGUGGACUGGUGCGUUUAUUUUAUAUAUUAUGUAUAUUAUGUAUUACACAUUUAUAAUUAACAAUGUUUAAUGUGUUUAGACAUUUUCCGUAAGAUUUUUCUUUCCGAAACCGUUAGUUUCCUUUUUUCCGUUCCCCUAAAUGACUGUGUUUUCGCUUCACACCUUUACACCUAUUACAGGGCGUAAUGUAUAAUAUUGUUUCUUCGGUUUCGUUGUUUGAUACCGCAGUCCCAGUAUUUCUGUGAGUCCGUAGAAACAUUUGUUUCUAACUAAAUUUCUCAAUGCUAUACUCGCUUAUCAAUUUAAUUUGUUCACAUCAGUAUACUUAAUUCAGGAAAUUUCUGGUCGAUAAUGUCGAUCUUUUCCCUAAUGUAUAAAAUAUAUAUAACAUAAUAUACAUUAAUAACAUUGUCAAAUUAAAAAAAAAAAACUUACAUUUUUGUAAACGUCGUCGUCUCGUACAGGUUAUUAAAAACGUGAUCGCGAACGAUAAAUUAUAAUUUCACUUUUUUUGGUAAUAGGUACUUACGUUAUGAUGAGGAUAAUAUCUUAGUGAAAAUCGUAACGUAGAAUGAAUUACGUUGUUAUGUACCUAAUGAUUCCUUGUAUUCCUUCGUAUCGUAUAUUGUUUUGUUUAAGGUGUUUAAUUUAUAUGAUUAUUAUACAAAUUUUAAUCCAUUGUCGUAUAAUAUAAGACGGACGUUAAUUGUACGUAGUUUCAAUAACGAACACACGAAAUUCGCAUUUAUUAAGUAUCCACUACAAAGACUAUAUUAUAUUCAAAUCGCAAUAAGGUGUAUAAUUUUUUUACAAAUACCAAGGAUUUAUUCAGAUCAGAAGGUAACCAAAUUAAUUUAAAAUAAUAACAAUAAUAAUGCGAUGCAUACGAUUUAAAUCAUACCGCAAAACAGCUAUUGUUAUUAUAGACACACGAUUUUUUUAUUCAAUAUUUCUUUCUUUUAUUUUACAUUUUUACUUAAUCAUGCUUGCAAUUUUUUGAUUUUGUUGACAAAUGAUAAUGAUUUUUUUUUUUUAAAUCGCAACACGCCGUAAAUACAAACAAAACCUCGAGUGUAAUAAUAAUUUUUGUUUUAGGUACCUACAUAAAUUUGUUUUUUUUUCGCUUUGUUUAUUACGAGUUUUAUUAACUUCCGAAACAAUAUUUGUAAUUUUUUUGUUUUAAUUUUUUUAAAUAUCAAAAUGACGCUCAAAAAAACAUUUUUUAUUCAUCGAUAAAACAGGCACGAUAGGAUUCAGGAUUAAUAUAGUAUAUGAAUCCUGAAAUAUGUAUUAUUAUUAUUAUUAUUUUUAUGGCUAACGAUUCGUCGGAUCUCUUCGACUUUUCCUAUUAUCCAUAUUUAUUUACAUAUCAUUUCAUUCUCAAACAAACUAUACUUAAUUCAUUAAUCUAUUUUUGUGAAACAAUCACGUUUAUCAACUGUAGUUAACUCGAGUUUAUAGGUAUUGGUCACCAUAAUAUUAUAUUUGUAUUAGUAGUCAAAUAGUAAAUUGUAAUAUGCGUAUUAUAAUUAUAGGUUACAGACCAUUUUUUUUUUUUUGUAUUCAUGUGAUUUAUAUUCUAGAAAUAAUACAAAAUCACCGAGAAUUUUUUACUUAUACAACAGCACUAUAUAAUAUUUGAGAUACAUCAUUAUUAUAUCUUUUGGAAUAUAUUAUUGGUUCCAAUCGACGAAAAAGGGUUCAAAUCAAUUUUUCGUAUUUUUGUUUUCUACAAUUUUUUUUCUCUAUGACCAAAGAUAGGUAUACCUAACCUAUCUUAUACAAAUGUAUAAUAAUAAUUUAUCUUGUUCAUUUAUUCUUACUUCAAAAUAAGUCUAUUUAAGUUUUAUUUUUUGUAAAAAAAAAGUCGAAAGCUAUUACUUUUAAAAAAUUCCUAUAUGCAUAGCGACAGCAGGCCUGGCAGGAGCUAGCGCGUUUUUUGUCUCAAAAUUCGCCUUACAGAAAAAUCUCACAUGCCUCAUAGAGUAGUCCGAUUUCGAUGAAUAUUUUUUCGUUCGAAAAAAUAAGAAUAAUGACGCUUUUAGUAUACAAAUUGAAUCUCCAUAAAUUGUAUUAUAUUUUAAACUUCUCAACUACUACAACAACGACCUAGCUCGUGGUGUAAAUUACGUCCGGCUUUUAAUAUUUUAAUUUAUACGAUUUUGUUCGUCGUUAGACCUUCAAUGUCUUAAUUAUCAUGAUUACACUGAUGAUAAUUGUAUAAUUAUUAUUAUUAUAAUAGGUGUUAAAACGACGAGUGAUAUAAUGCAAUUUAUUUUGCUUACUGCAACAGUAUUUAUUUUAAAAUACAAAUAAUACAAUACUAUUUUAAAAUAGUAAUUUAUAAUAUUAUCGUUAUGUGUCUUACUAUAUUAUAUACAAUAGGUGAACAUUUUCCGUCGCUAUAUUGUCAAAGGAAAAAAAAAAUUAUGUAGGUAUAAUAUUAUAUUGUAUAAUAUAUAGUGUAUGUAACGCACCUAUAGAACGCCUCCUCUUUGGACCGACCUCGGAAUCGUUUAUGUACACCUGUAUAUUAUACAUUUUUACUCGAGAAACACGUUCGUUGCCUACGCAAAUCGCGUAUACAUUUCCACGGGUUGUACUUAGAUAUAAUAUUGUUGUGUAACUGUAUUUGUAAACGAUCCAGACGGCUUAUCCUUUCCUGAUAAAAAAUAAAUAAAGAACAAUUCGUACUGUUCACGAGUAAUCUAUAUAUUAUACGUAAAAUUAAGUACUAUUAGAAAAAAUACGUUCUGAUUAAAAGGACAUUUUUUUUUAAAUAUACAACGCAGGUUUAUUUAAUUUUUUGUACCUACAUACUUUCGACCUCACAGAAGUAUCCUUCUGUGGGGAGAUGUUGUCGGAGUCAAUUUUUAGCAUUUUUAUAUUCUGAGCUCAGCGAGGAAUGUAUUGGUUUUACUACUGUAUGUUUUGUUUUGUUAUGUUCCGUGUCUGUUCAUUAUAUUAGUGUAUUGGGAGGUCCUUUAGUGCAGCUUAAUUGCAUUUUUUUUAUAAUAAUGAAAACUCGGGAAAAAAAACGAAAGAAAACGGAAAAGUUUUUGAUAAUUUUGAUAAUUAUUUUUGAUUAUUUUUUUUUAGAUUCUGAGUUUAGCGAAUACAUUUAUUGAUUUUACAAAGAUGUUUAUUGUUUUUAUUUUUUUUUUUAUGUGAACAUUUUUUCUACCAGAAAGUUUACUUCGAUAAUAAAGUAUAGCACCUUUCUUGAAAGGAAAUGUUUUCUAAGUGCUACUUUAAAAAGGUAAUUUUUUGAAAUUCUCAAUCAUAUUCGAGAUAAUGAAGAAAACCUAGCUCUUUAGGUUAAAACAGAUUGGAAGAUUAAUAGUAAGGUUGUCAUUGGCAACCAUUUUUAUUUAUUUUUUGUUAUUAUUAAGUUUAUAUUAUUUUAUCUUUUUUAAAUAAUAGUUGUUGCAUGGGAAUGCACAUGUUUGUAAUCAUUUUACCAUAAUAUGACAUAUAUAUUAUUGACAAAGCAACACUAUCAAAUUUACCCAUUAUACGUAUACAAGCUUAUUCUAAACGUAGUUAAAUUUUUAAAAAAAAUCCGCUAUUAUUUAUAGGUAUUUGACAUUUUACUUUUUUGUGAAUAAAAUUAUUUUGAUAAAGUAAAUAACAUUUGAAAAUAACAUUCAUCAUAAAUUGUACUUAAUGGUAAAAAAAAAAAAUUAAGUGGUGUGUAGUAUUUUUUUUUUUUUUUUUUUUUUUUUUUUUUUAUUAGUGUUCAUUUGACGUUUUUUUCGUAAAAAUUCACGGUAUUUCAAAACAUGUUNAACUGAAAUUUUUUUAAAAUUUUACCUAUAGAUUUAUCAUUUAAUUUUUUUCUGUAUUUUUUAGUCUUAAAUGUAUAGGUAUAUGUGUAUUCAAACGUAUGUUAUUCUGAAAAUUAAAAUAUCUUAAUCACUAUGAUGUACUUUUUUUAGUAUAAAAUUCGUCACUCAUGGCCAUUUAGGAAUUCUAGAAAUUUUAUUUGCUUGUAUUGAAAACAAUACAAAAAUAGACUUAGCCCUUCUUGUCUAGGACCAAAUAACUAUAAUUGAAUUCGUGGUAAUUUCCGAACGAGUGUGCAAUAUACCAGUUACGGAUGUAGUAUUUAGGUGACUCAAUAAAGAAAAAAAAACAUCGAAAGUUGAGAUUAAUAAAUUAAUAUUUCUAUAACGGAAGUAACCGAUUAUAUUUUUUCCUUUGUAAAAUAAAAUAAAUUCAGUAUAAUAAUAGACACGGUCGUAUGAGUGUAUCUGGAUAGAUUUAUUGAGUUAAAAUAUCUAGAAAGGUAUAGUUUUAUCUAUGUUUCCCAAAUAAGGAAAUGAGAAAUACAUUAUCUGAGAUUAAUAAAAAAUCAAUUAGAUUAGCUAUUUAUAUCGAUCUAUUUUUAGGUUAUACCAAUCUCAAGAUCUUUUUUAAAUAUACAGAUGUACCACAUAUGGUAUAUUUUUAGCACUUAGUUUUUUUUUUUUUGAUAGGCUAUCAGAUGAGAACUAUCUUAUUCUAUUUAGAUAAAAUAUUACCGAUCAUUCAUAUUUAUAUAAGAUAUGUUUAUUGGGUUUUUUUUUUUUUUGUGAUAAUGAAUUUUUAAACUUUAAUAAGUUAAACAUGUUGAGUAACUUACUCACAAUGGAUUAUAAUACUACGUUUGUGGUGCUUUGCAUUGCCAGCUCGAAGUUUUAAAAGCGACCUAGUACAGUGGUUACAAUAAUAAUAUUGAAAACAAUAACCGAUUUCAAUGGUUUUUUUAUUUAAAAUAUUUUAUUUUUAUUUUUUUUUUUUUGCAUUAUUAUUAUACAACCUAGUGCACGGUUUUAUUUAGACGACUGCAAUUGUCGCGAUCGUUGCGUCACAACGCCACCAUAACGUUACCCUAUAGAAAAUCCGCAGGCUUUGAAGUUUUUUAAUUCGCAAUACCUAAUAGUUUUAAUAUUAUCUUCGCGGGCUUUUGUGUUCCGAAAUUCGAAUUCACACGACACAAUGGAUGGAAUGCGCACACUUGCGCGGUUUAGAACACUCGCGCGCGCGCAUACUUCUCUAUUUAUACCUUACCUACGUUAUACUUAAGGUGGGCGACGAGAAAUUAAAAGGUCAGUAGGUCUCCUCGCGGGUGUGACACUCAUAAUUAUUAUUGUAGGUACCUAACUAUUAACCACAACGCGCAUACAAUAUGACGUAUUUUAUAAGUGUAAACGCUUAUUAUUCAUUUUUUUUGUUCGUAUUACUACGGACCACGACGACCUACAAAAUCGGCAUUCCAUAUCGUGCAGUAACGACACGUCGUUGUCAGGAAUGCGUGUAUGCGACGAUAAUUUUUUUUGCCCCUUACUGCUACUCGUUUUUGUAUCCGGAAUUUCGAACAGUCCAAAACCGUCAAGAUUGCGGACACAGACAUUAUAGGAUACGCACCCAGUCUUUGAUCCCGUUCAUGUAUUAUAGCUUUCGAGUUUUUUUUUUUUAAUUUUUAAUUCAACGUGCGUCGUACGAACAUUAAAAUAUACGCGUAUAAAUUGCACGUUAGCAUAGUAUAUAUAUAUAUAUAUAUUAUAGUGUUUUCUACAAUUUAUUAGCCUAAAUACUAUUAUACCUAUACCGGAUUUUCAUUGUCGAUCACACAGACACCGGACUGUUUAUUGUACGACAUAUUAUACAGCGGAAAGAAUGUUCACACACGAUUAAUAAUACAAUGAUAUCGAUUAGAUAAAUCUCGAAAAUUAAUACCCCGACGAUAUUCAAUAUAUUUGUUUGUAUGUAUAAUUCUACAACGAUUCAAAAUUGCAGAAGAAAUCUAUAAAUAAAAUACUGUACCCUUUGAAUUAUCAAGUGUUCGAAUGUUCAAUAGGUUAUCCACAUUUACUGUCACAGUGUAUACCUAACGAACAACAUAACAGAAUUAUGUUAUUUGAAACAUAAAUAUGGUGGUUAGGUUGAAAUUAGAGUUUUUAAAAAUUUACCACGUUUAGAAAAAGGCAAUAUAGGUAUUCUUUGAAAAUCACAGGGGGCUACAACAAUUUUAACCGAAUUAAAAAAAACAUAAUCAAAAAUUAAGGAACUAUUAUUGUGUAAGUUUGCCCGUUUUUCGCGGUUCAUUUCCAAUUUUUAAUAAAUUUACAAUGAAAAUCGAAAAUUGAUCUCUUUAAUGACUGACCAAACAAAAUUUUUUUUCUAAAAAAAUAAUGUAUUUGAAGAUCGGAGGAAUAUUUCUGAUAGAAAAGUCGUUCAAAGACUAAAACAAAUAUUAUAGUGAAACCAAUAUAUUCCUCGCUUCGCUCAGAAUCUAAAAUUUAAAGAGGAGAAUAUCUUCGAGGUCAAUAAGUCACGUCGAUCUCUUAUGAAAUAAAUCUUUCGACGUAAUAAUAAUAAAAACAUACUGAAAUAAAAUUUAUCAAAUGCAUUCAAUUAACAUAUUUUGAUAACAAAUGUACUUCUGAAAAUUACUAGUGAUAACCCAAAGGUGAUAACGAUAAGCUUUUUUUUCCAUAAAAAAACGUCCGAUUAUUGUACAUUAGUUCGAAAUGUCGAUAGGGCAAAAACGAAAUCCAAUUACUCAGAGUAAUGAGUUAUGUAAUAAUAAAGCGUUUUAAUUUGUAUUUAUUUUUUUUUUGUUUUAGGCACAGUUAAAACUUCGUUGAUGUCCGGUUCGUCGUUUAACGUCACGUGGCAUCUGGCGUAUCCGCAUCGAGUAAGUACUCGUAAUGUUAUUAUUAUUAUUAUUAUUAUUAUAUCAGUAACGCUACACCACAGAUCACGACCUAUUAUCACUUUAUAUUUUUUUCGAAUAAAAAAAAGCGUUUUUAUUUUUCGGGUGGUAGGUAUAGGCGACGGACCGUGCGAGAAACGAUUCCGCGACGGUUGUGUAAUAAUCGUAUAAUAAAUAAUAUUAACAAUAAAAUAAAUAGAAAAAAUAGAAUAGGUUUUUUACAAUACAAGAUUUUCGGGUGACGUUUUUUUUUUUUCUGUUAUUAUUAAUUGUGUAUAGUUAAGAUAAAUAGACAUUUUAAAAUAAGAUAUAAAGAACACAUUUCUGAAAUAAAAUUGAAAACGACAGUCCCUAAUUCAAAUUUCGUUAAACAUGUUUUAUAAAAUAACCAUAAUAUAAAUUUUGAUAUUAAUACAGACCUAGAAAUAUUACUCAAAAUACCAUUUAUAUUAAGUCAGUUUUAGAAGAAUUACAUGUACACAACGAAAUAAAGACAAAGAAUUUUAAUAAUAUUUUAAAUGUAUAAAUCGAUUUUAAAAAUAACUUAUAUCAAUACAUUUGAGAUGGUAAUAAUAAUAACCAAAUAUUUUUCUUUUCUUAACAUAUCUAUGUCUAAUAAUAACUCAUUUUAAAUAAUCUCUAUAAUUAAAACAAAUUACUUCUAUGUAAAAUGAUCAAUUUGUAAAAUUUUUUCUCCGUGUAUUCCUUCAUUUAUUUCUACUUAUAAAUUAUUUUUUUAUAUAAUAUUUAUUUACGAGUAUUAACCAUUUAAUAAUUUUGUUUUUAUUUUAUUAUUAAUUAUUUAAAAUAAUUAUCGUUGUGAAUAUUUUCUACCUUUCGUCAUGACACACCUGCAUCGGUUUAUAAUGGUAAACACAGGAGGCUGUAUACUAGUUGUGAAUAAACUUUUCUCGCCAUUUUUAUAACAUAACAAUUGCGGACAUGGAUUAGGACAUAAACAUAUACUAAUUGCGGAUAUCAAGAAACCAUAAAAUCAUAUGAGUUGCGAUCGUAUCCUAAAAAAGAUGAUGUACGAAACACGGAUACAAAUAUUUCCAUUCAUCACUUUUUUUUAAAUUUUACGACAAUCCAGAGAAAUAAAAAAAUUUUGGUAAUUUUUAAAAAUGCAUUUCACGUUUUUUUGAUACAAACCCACCGUUAAACUUUAUUGCGCAUUAUGCAAUGGAAACAGAACUUAAAACCAUCGCGCAACUCUUUAAAAUGUUCACUGUACAAUUUAUUAAUAUUUAUUAACAAUAAAGACGAGAGAUAUUUCAACGAGCGAAACUGCACGAGUAAGGUCAUCGUCGAACCGAUUUAAAAUAUUUUUUGACUACCAUCACAAAUGCAAUAAUGUCAAUCAUCGAUAUUACGAUAAAACAGAUUGUCAAACGUCCGCAUUGGAACGCAGUCAUUAUAGAUAUAUCUAACACAAUUAUUGAAAACGUGUAUGCAAUACUACAUUAUAUUUGUGUUCGCGAUUUGUAUAUCACUGUUGUAGGUUUCGUCCGAAACUCACACGGUUUACAUUUACUUUGUCCGCAAUUAGAAAACACCGAUACAAGGUGUAUUGUUUUCUAAGAUGAUAAUAUACACUUAGAAAACGUACUCGAAUGUGUAGUGUUUGAUAUUAAAUUUAAAAUUUAAAGGCUAUUUUAAAUUCCAAACGUAGCGAGGGUUCUUUUGGUUUAACUAUGGUCGGUGUGUGUUUUCAUUUUUUUUUUUUUGUCUGCGAGUAACUUUUUUACCAAAAAUCUUGCUCCAAUUAAAAAAAUAACGAGAAAGUGUUUUUUGUUGCAUUUAAGAUCUAACUGGUGCGUUAGAAGGUAAGUUAUUGAUUUUCCAAAGAGUUUUCAUAAUAAAUGGGAAAAACCGGAAAACAAAUUAUCGGAAAAAUAUUUUACGACACACCGCAACGUUGUCGAUUUCAUAAUUUUCAAUUUUUAUAUUUUAUGUUUUUUACUAGAAAUCUUGCAUCAAUCAAAAAAACAGUAAGAGCCCAGAUAACAGAACGUUUUCAAAAUAGUUUUGGGAUUUUUUUAAGUAGGUUUUAUUUGGUGGUUACUACGGGGACACAAUUGUUUGACCAAACAGAAAUGCUUGACAAUUUAAGAGGACGUUCAUUAUAAGUAAUACUUAUUGGUAAAAACAAAAAAUAAUAGCUGUGGCAUUGUAGAUAACACAUUUAAUCGACCAAAUUACAUGUAUUGGGCGAAUAAGAAUACUUACAAUAUUAAUGAUUUAGUUUUUCAGAGCGAUAGAAAUACGAAUAAUAGUAUUAUACUACGUAAAUGUGCGGUACUAUUAUUGUUUUUUUCUAGUUGUAACUUGAAGUGUACGAUAAAUCUCAGACACACUUUUAGAUCACGCCUUUAUAGAUAUAAAUGUAUACAUGUUGUAUGAGCAUAACAUUACAGGUCAUUUUUUAAAAAUACACUUUUGCUAAGGCAUUUUUUUAUUUUAAUGUACUUUGUUUAUUUUUCCGAGAAUUUUUCUAUCGUUUUUAGAGUAUUUAAAUCGGGGCCCUAAUCAUUAGUACAUUAAUCAUUUAUGUAAGGGCCGACUGUGGUUCUUUAUUAUUAUUUAGGUAGGUAUAUAAUUUACACGCAGUGAAAGUCUUUCGCGGUCUCGCACAGUGGACAAAAACGCGUCCGAAUAAAUUGCCGAUUGUAUUUCCGAAAUGGUUUUGGUAGUUGAGUAGUACCUCGGGCAUUGUUAUUAUCCGUACGUUUCCGUGCGGUAUUCCUGUACAGUCACGUAGUAGACUAUCGGCUAUUUUCAUGUACGACCGUAUAAGUUUUGCUUUACACGUCAUUUUUGUUUACGGACAAUGCGAAUGAUUUUUGGAUUUCAUUACAUAAUAUAUUAUACCUAUUUGAUAAUAGAUUGUGCGAUGUAUAAGAUAAAGUAUAUAUUAUGUUUAGUUACAGAAUAUUACUUUUAUCGUGAAAUGGCGAUUUAUUUGUACAAUUAUUUGAUAUUCAUAGUGCAUUUUGACAAUCAUUUUUUUUUUCUGUUAUCAUUUUUAACGAACUUCUUUGCAAUGUUCAUAUCGAAAAUGUUCCCCUAAUUCAGUGUGUAUACGUUAUGUUAUUAACUAUUAUCAACUAUUAAUUUUUAGAACAUUGUCGUCCACAUUUUAGAUUUUGAUUAUAACGAAACUAUUAUAGUUUUAAAAAGAUUUCAAUUUUUUCUCCGAAAACUGUUUUACGGUUAAUAAAAAUGCUCAGAUAUUUCAUGGUUUACCUUAAACUAUGUGAACUUUUUAUCCGGUAGUUUUUCAUUUAAAACUUUUAUCGACAUGUUUAGCUAUUCACCCUUAAAGUAUUUUUUUAUUAUUAUGUGAUUUUGGUUUUGACUUCUGGGUUACCUUAUUUACAAAAAAAGAUAAAUACGACCAAUACCACAACACUCAGAAUUGUUUUUUCAUUUUCAUUGAUUUAUCGUUGCAUACAGUGACUAAGUAUCCCCGUUAAUUCGUUAGCAGUAUCAAUUUUUGUAAACUCUCAUUCGAAAAGUGAAUUUAUGUUCAACAUCAUUAAAUUCAUUUAAAAUAUAAUAUAAUAUAUUAUUAUUAUAUAUUUAUUAUUUAUAUAUGUAUAAAACGGAAUAUUUGAAAUUGAAUUAUUACUGUAGAAAUACAUUAAAGAAGCAAAACAUAUAAUUUAAUGUUUCUUGAAGAGUGAAUUCAAUUAGGAUUGAUGAGCACAAUUAUGUAUGUUUUAAUUAGAUUAAAUAAUUCGAGUAAAAUAGGUUUCUAGAGCUGUUAAUAUAUACGAGAGAGUGAGUGGUCAAAUUAUAAAGAAUAUAUUAUUGUAAUGUUUAAAAGGUGGAAAUCCGAAAAUCCUAAAAUUUUAAAAUCCAAAAAAAAGGUGGAGCAGGAGAAGAAGAAAAAGAACGUUUAAAAUUAAAUGUGGGCGGACGAAGCGACAACGAGCAAAGUGAUAAGAGCACUAGAUAUAUAUUUUAAAAACGUUCCUUUUUAGGAUGACUUUAAAAUUUGUUAUAAAACUGCACACGCAAAUCCAUAUACUUUUUUUUUUGAAGUUCUUGGGUACAUAGUAAUAUACUUACGUGAAUCGAAUAUACAACUGCUGAGUAGUGAUUAUGUAAGGUAAAUUAUUUAAUUAUACAACAAUUUUCAUAAAAGACACAUAAAAACAUAAUAUAAACAGCUGACCGUAUAUGAGUGUAUGAGAUAUUAAUUCAGCAGCACUACACUUACUGAGUGGACAAAUAUUGUAUUGAUUGAAUCAUGGAAUAUUUGUUUUCGCCACGAAUUACGUGAUGAUGUAGAAACAGUUUUUGAUUAAUUUCAAAUAUUCCUAAUGUCAUGACAAUUCAUGACACGGGCUAAUCAAUAAAAUGGUGUUCCCAAAAUAUAGGAUUGCCAUUACAAGCUUCAGAUUUAUUGAUCUAUGUAUUCAUAAAAGUCGGCUAUCUCAAGUUGUUUUACGUUAUGUUUGCUGUAAAUUUUAUAAUUUUUUUAAAUUACGUACAAUAUAAUAUACUCGUAUAGUAUACAGGAUCAUAUAGGUACAUACAAAUUUCGGUUCGUUUCGUUGUCAAACACUUUUACAGUAUUUUCAUUUCAAUUUGUGCGUUAUACGUUUGCGAUAUACUCGCUCGAAUGUCAAUCAUUUUUUAGCACGUUUGCGAUUUGUGUCGAAAACACGCGUGUAACAAUACUGCAGUCUGCAGUGGUCUCUGUUGCUGGUUAACUCGGUGCGAGACAAUAUAAAAUAAUGCAUUGUAUUUGGUAAUAUUAUUAUUUAAAUUCAGAUAAAUCGCGUUCUGGAAUGGAAAUUAAAUUUACUUGAAAACAGUGACGAUUUCGUAAAUUCGAUUUUUUUUUUUCGAUUUUACGGGUUAUAAUUAUUUCAUGUUAUAGGUAUAAUACAUGUAAUUCUUUAAGACUGUGCCGCGAUUAAUCGGGUUUGUAAGGUCCCUCACAGACCUCACAAACUUAUGUGGGGAAUAUAAAUUAUUCACUUCCGGAAAGGUUUUUUUUUUUUAUGAAAGAGGGAAUUCAAAUUUUGGAAAAAAAAUUAUGGGUUCUAUACCCUGGGCAAUUGCAGUAUUACAAAAAAAAAUGAAGCAUUUAAAAAACUAAAGGUUAGAAUACACUUAACUGUCAUAAAACACGCAGCGAAGAUUAGGAAUAUUUGAGAAUAGAAUAGGCAACAUAAUAAUAUGUGGGGACUCAAAUGCGAUGAAGGAACGGGGAACUAGCGAAAAAGAUGCAACAGAGGGUUGUACGAUUUGGUGGAACUAGCAUCUCUGAAAAACUCCGUUCAAGUACACAGAAUACAAAUGGUUGGAUCCAGAGGUAGAUCCCGAAAUUAGAUAAAGGGGAGAGGCUAACCAAAAUUCACAAUACAUAUUCGUUAAAACUGUACUUUUAGUAUAAGUUAUAAUUUGUAUAAUUUGAUAUAAGUCUUAUUUAAAGUAUUUAUAUACUAAGGGGUCUCACCCCUAGCUCCCCACCCCUAGUUAUGUCGCAUAAAGAAAACGAAACAAUUAGAACUGUAACAGCUAUGAUGGAAAAGAUAGAUUGACGUGAUAAAAGAAGGUUUUAAAAGUUUUAAAAUUGAAAACUAGGUAUUCCUAAAAGUAGGUAUUCCAAGAUAGAGAGUCGACUAGUUGGUGAAAUGUUUGGUUAUGGCGGAAAAAACUUUAAAAGUGCCUAAAAGAGUAUCAUAGGUAAGCCAAUAAAAAAAAAAAAAAACGUAGGUAUUACAAAACUCUGUGUCGCUGUCGACAUAAAUCAAAACAUAAUAUCUGUAUCUCAUUGACGGGUUUAAUUUUUUUCUAUUUUAACGAGAAUUCGUUUAACCAGCAGAUUCAAACCAGAAUUUCACGUAAAACAAUAUAAUUUACGAGUAGGUAAUAUAGAAUAUUCGAUUCGAUACUAUGUCUGCCCGUCUACAUAACUUUCGCGUUUAUUGCCUUGAGUGAUUUUAAUAGGGCUCACUAAUUAUACAUAUAUGUAUAGUAUUAUAUUAUUCUCUAAUUUAUAUUUAUAUUAUUCUCUCUAUCCGCAACCUUGCAUAUGAGUACCUAUACGUUUUUCAUCACUUUCUCCAGAGUAAUAUUUCUGACGGUAAAUGAUCUCCGACGGAGUUUCGAGAACACACUAGCUAGGAAUCAGAGUGUAUAUAAACGGCACAAUGACGGCCACUGACUCGGGUCAAAACGCCUUAAAAAAAAAAGCACAUUUGUAUAUUAUAUUAUGUGCAACCCAUCUAUAAAUAUUACAAUACUCGUGAGGUUCGCGAGUGAACUCCACUUUUACUCACAGAACGUCCAAUUAUUUUUGAAAUAAACCAUGAAAUUUCUCUAGAUAUAAAAAGCGGCGAUUCGGUAGUUUUUAGAAUUUAUCACUUAUUACUUAAUUAUACCAGAUUUGAGUCAACAAUAAUAUUAUUAUUACUACUAAAAUAUUGAGACCCACUAAUUUUGUUCAUUAACAUUUUAUUAUAUUUAAUUAUUUCUAUUUUCAGGGAGGAAUAAAACUUCAAGUACUGGACAAUUAUCAAAGGCCCGUAUUGGAUUUAACGCCGGUUACAAAAGAUUCUGAAUUUUUACGAACCGAUGCAACGUGAGUACAAAUAUUUUUGUAAUGUAUCCAGCAAGACGAAUAUUAGAGUUUUGGAUUUUAUAAUUCAUCAUUGUGUUCAUUAGACUAUUAAAGUACAGCGAAGAAAAAAACCAUUUAAUAACUGCGUAUAAAAUACGCAGUGUUAUUCAUGUUUUAUUUUUUAGAGUCAGAAAAACUUCAUUUUUUUUUUUCGGAAAUCUCAUUUCCAGUUUUCCAGUAGAUAAUGUGAUCCAAUGGCUCGGUUAGUCAACUGUAUUUCCGUUUAAGAUUGUGUAAUGCUAAAAAUAUCUAACGUCAUCCCGUGUACAUCCGAACGUCUAGUCAUUUUUAUUUGAUCCUUAUGCUUUCCAAUCUAAUCCAUCUCCUAGUUUUUCACGCGUACAUCUUACUUAAUUACUUCUUCUUACCUCAUUUUCGAUCUUCCCAGAAAAUAGAUCCUUAUCAAUACUAUACAUAUAUUAUUAGUCAAGUCGUUGUACCAUAUAUAACAAUAAGUCGUACCAAAGUAUAAUACAGUUUGUUUCUUUAGAUUACUUGACAGGGAUCGUGAUCCUUGUAGUUGCGCCAGUCCGAAAACCAUUUAUUUUCAACCUGGUUUCAUAGUUCUGUUUCCUUUACUAUUUACCCUUUACUAUUCUUUUUUGUCAAAAUCAGGCGAUACCGACUUGAACCGUUCCACCGUGAAACAGUUAUUAAAAUAAUAAUAUAGAAUUCUGUUUUAGGACGAGUGAAACGUAUAUCAAAACGAUUAACCAUGUUUUAUCGCAAAACCACAUAGAUAUUAUUAUAACAUCAUUCGGUAUAAAAUAUUCAUAAUCACACGUGUGUAAAAGUAGUUAUUGCGGCUCGUUUUAGAAAGUGGACGUUGCUCGAUCUGUGUAUAUAGCUACAGCGUUUUGAUAUUAUUUGAACUUAACAAUGAAUAACGCCGAAAAAAAAAAACAAAACAAAAAAAAACUACUGCCGACAAUUAUUGUAAUGAAAUAAUAGUAUUUGUAGUCCUAAGGCAACUUUUUCUUGUACACCAAUAGUGUAGUUCUUAAGUAUACAAUCGCCCGUUUAAAUCUCAUUUUGACAUUUUUAACCAUUUUCCUCUUCCUCCAAAAAAAAAAGAGGAAAAUUAUAUGGUUUAAGUCAAAAGUAUCGGGAGAAAAACCGAAAAUAAAAGUCGACAGUGGACGAAAUCGAUCAUUAUACGGAUAAUAACACAAUAUGUGAAUUUUUGUAUAUAAUAUUUUGAAACAAAAUCCUUGACUAUUGCAUAAAUGCAGCAUAAUUUAUUUCCAUGAAAAAUAAUUAUAAUGCCGAGCUACCUAUGCUAUAAUAUUAUUAGUCGUCUUAUCUCUCGGCACAUUUCCCAGGACAACGCGAUAUUGGCGGUGGUGUGCGAGUAGUUUAUGUACGGUUUCGAAAAUAAUAAUUUUCUGACCAACAAAUAGAUAUGUUCGCAAAAUUACGUUUCCACUAUUUUUUUUUUUUUUUCUAAAUUAUCAACCAUUGCCUAUACUGAAUUUUGUAUAGACGUAAAUAUUCGUAUUACUUUUACUUUCUGUAUUAUAUUUACUAUUAUUUAUCUGUUUAUUUAUAUCUAUUUUUAUUUUUAACGACAAGUUAUUUAUUCAUAGAUUUAUUAUGGUUCGUUACACGAAUAAUCGAACGAUUAUUAUGAUGAUGUGAAACAACCGGGGAAAUGUAUGCAAAAAUCACAAUUUUUUAAAAAAUGUAUAGACUAUCGAAUAUAAAAUAUUACGCCACUAUAGAUCGCCUGGGAAUGUAUAUUAUACGAUAGUCAAAAUAAUUUAUUAUUUCAAAAUGACGGUAUCUUUUGCAAUGUUUAGACAAUAUAAAAUCAUGUCAAAAUCAAAACAAGAACUAUUUGAUUUUUAAGAGACCAUUGCAGUAAUAGCCGCCAAUGUCCAUUUUUCAUGGGCGGUGUAGCAAAAAUGAAUUCGUUAUAUAAAACAAACGAGUAGAUCUUUAAAAUCGAUUUAAGAAAAACAAACAAAAAAACGACUUAGUUAAAUAUUCAAAUAUUUAAAGAAUUACGAAACAACGACGACAUUGUCCUCAAAAUGACGUUAUCGUUCACAAAUAUUAUAAUAGCCAUUUCGUCUCUAAAACCGAUUUCGAAAGCCUUUUCGCUAAUUUUAUACGUGAACACAUUUCAGCUCUAUUGCUAGAUUCACGGCCUUUCUUCUAUAUCUAAUGUUUUUUGCGAGUUUCUGACGGGUACCGUAUUUACAGACCAUGCCCGCGUUGGUUUUAAUAAGAGAUUUUAGGAGUUCUACAAAACUUAAUCAGCUGGUUAGUCCAAACCUGAUACUGAUCCAAGGAAGUUAGCGUCUAGCUAUAUAAGUACAAACCUAAGACCUAGUCGAUGAAAAACCACGACAGGUUGCGUAUUUAUAUGAACCACUUGGGCCGGACUCGGAUACCGUCUAUAAAUACGCUGACGUGUUCUAGUGACAUUUUUUUUUCUCGUUAUAUUCUUACGUUUACUAUAUUUUCGAAACAAAAUAAUAAUUUGACAAAUCAAUGUUUUUUUUUUUUUUGAAAGAUUUUUAUCUAUAGCGGGCCAAUUGAUACUGUAUACAUUUUUUUAAUUUUUGAAUAUCAUUUCGUUUAUUUCGAUAUUUAUUUUAGAAAAAAAUAAAAAAAAAAUCAUUCAAAAUAUAUAUACGUAUAUAUAAAUAUACUAUUAUACUAAAUAGGUAUAUAUAUAUAUAUAUAUAUAUAUAUAAUAAUAAUAAUAAUCGCUCGUCAUGAAUAUAUAUAUAUAUAUAUAUAUAUAUUUUUUUAUUCUACCAAUAUAAUAUAAGUAGGCGUAUUGUGUUUUCGAUAUUUAGUCAUGUUAACACUUAAUGAUUGGCCGGACUUGUAUAACACUGUAUCACUCGCACAAAGAGACAAAAAAUAAUAAUAUAUACAUAUAUAUAUAUAUAUCAUUUUUCUCAUUGACUUCUUUCUCACUCUGUGUACCCACCUACCUAUGCAAUAUUAUAGUCUGCAUGUUUUAAUCUCAUUAUUGAUAUAAAUAUUUUUACGCCUCAGCUAUUUAGAGUGAGAGAUAAAAAAUUACUAACGAAAAUACACGUACACGCAUUGCAUUAUCGUGUCAACCAUUUUUUUUUUUUUCUAUUGAUUGACACAAGAAUGAGGCUUUGUCCGGUGAACGGACGGGGGCGAGGACGGUGUAUAAUAAUAUAUAAAUAUAUUGUAAUAAAACGUGCUUUCUUCACUUAUAAUAAUAUUGUAUAGGUACAUAUAAUGUCUGUCUCUGCACAGCCGCGAACACGACUUUUAAACGGUCGCUAAUUCACUUUUUGUAGGGUAAAAACUGUAAAAAUAUACAUAUUAUACAUAUAUAUUUUUAUUUUUAUAUGAAUGUAUAAAGUCGAAAAUUCUCACGACAGCUCUCCCUAGUGGCGGUCAACAAUAAUAAAAAUUGUGUGCUUUAACCGCCACCGCGGCCGUACCCACUUUUCACGAUUUCAGACCGAGUCAAAUAGUAUAAUAUAGUAGCUAGUACAAUAAUGUCAAGGCGAAAAUAUAAUCUGCGCAACGCGGUAACGUUAAAAUAACCUUAAAGUAAACUGUUGGUCGUAUAAAUGCAUGACUAUGGGAGAAUAUAAAAUUAACAACACAGAACGCAGGCCCGUACUUUUGCGUUUCAAAACUAUAUUAUGUACGUACCUACUGCCAUGAUAAUAAUACCUAUUCUUAUUGAAAUGCGAUUUUUUUUCACGUUGGAACUAGAAGGUUCUUCCAGGAAGUGUACUACCGAUCUAGUAUGUAAAGUUCGAUUAAACGACACCUACGUAAGUUUUUAAAUGCCAUGAUUUUUACGAUUUUAGUGAUAAUUCGAAGUUAAAAUGGUCAUAACGAAAAAAAUUAUAUGUGACGCUCAAUUUUUUUUUCUUACCACUUAAUAGUAUAACUUAUGAUUAGGGUGUGGAUUGAAUGCUCUAAAAAACAAAAAAAAAGAAUGCCGUAAAAAAUUCAAUUUAAUGUAUUUAAAUGAAAAAAAGAUUAUAGAAUGCCUUAAAAAAAGAAAUAAUAAUUUUGAACUAAAUUUACUCAACACAACAGUGUAAAUAGUGCAAUACGACAACAUAUCCACUCGAUAAAUAGCUUAUAUCGUUUUCUUUAUUACAGCCGGCAUCGUAUUUACCUGGUAAAAUCGGUAAAUCUAUACUUAAUUCAUUUAAAAAAUAGAAAUAUGAAUUUUUCUUUUAAGAGAAAAUCAAAAUAAAUGUUAUCAAAUUUCUGAUGGUACCGUGGAGUUUCUAAAAAGAAGAAAAAAUGUCUUAAAAACCUAAAAAUGCUAUAAAAAUCAAAAAUAAAAGUUUUAUAUUACAUUUCUUUGAUGUAUGAAAUUAAUUUUGUGCUUGGAAAACAUUGCUUUGGACAUCCAGAAAAAAUACAAUUUGCACUUUAAUCCGCACCCUACUUAUGAUAAAUGCUAAAGUAAUUUUAUGCAUCACGUAAAAAAAAUAAAAAAACUCAAAAUAAUUAAAUACCUAUAAACAUAAGUCUUGGAAUGUAUUCGAGGCACGUAAGUGAUAUAAACAAGCGUAUUUACCCAUUCUGCACCAAGCGGAAGUUGACAUUUGUACUUUUAUACCGUUCGUAGGAAUGACCGGAGAACCUAUUUUUGUCUUGUAAAAAUUAUGUUUUCAAACAUAAUACAAAUAUUAUGGUCUGCGUGUUACGUACGGCGACGUCCCGAGCAAUAUUUUCAAAAUAUUAUUGAAACCUGUCGGCUUCUGCCGAAACUUCGCACACUUUUGUCUAGAUACCGGGCGAUUUUUCGAUCCGCAUCGCACACGGUUCGCGUUUUUUUUUUUUUUUUUUUAUAAGUUCCCGUAUAUAAAAAUGUGUAUAGGCGCACGGCGAUUUUCUACGGUUAAUAUGUACGGAUAGGUACGACAAACGCUGUACAUAAUUAUUAUUUAUAAAUCAACGUGGGUUUCUACAACCGUCAUUUAUUGUUAUAUGUUUGAAAUUGUCGUUUGAUGUGAAAACGAGAUUUCUUUUGUUUUAAUUAAUACACAAUAUUAUAGUAUACCCGCCUAUGUAAAACUUAUAGUGUACCUACCUAUUUUACAAACUCUCGCGGGAAUUCUCCGCAUACCAUUAGAAAUCAAUCAGCAAAAUCAACUGUUUUUCACCGCAAUAUAAUACUAUAUAGACCGCGGUUCAUUAAUUUACUGUACGGCGAAAAUAACAUACCUAUUAAUAAAAUGAGAAUACGCAUCGGAAAUGCCAUGAAAAAAACAUUAAAUUGUUGUUAACUGCGCGUUUCUCAAAUAGUAAUUUUUGACGACCAUAUUAAGUUGUUUUUUUUUUUCUAAAAAAAAAAAAGAAAGAUUUAUUCAUAAAGUUAAAUAAUUUACAUAUUUACACAACCAUCGUUAACGAAAAAUAAUUCUGAGCAAAGUUCGGUUAUGCCUGUUUUAAAAUUUCAUGAUUUUUUUACGAAUUUCGUCAGUGUUUGAUGUUAAAACGCUUAUAAAAAAAACUAUAGCAUUUCGUCCAAUUUUUUUAAACCAUUAAAUACAACUUAAAUUUAUAAACUUCUUAUUCAAUUUUCAAACAAUGUUUUCUAAAUAAAAAACAAACUAAAAAACUCAAAAAGUCGAAUGCUUAUAAAUAUAUAUUUUAAAAAUCACCAUAAUGUUUUAAAUUUUAUUACACCUAGAAAAUUAUAUUAUAAAUAAUCUGUGAAAAGUUCAGAUCCACGAUUAUUUACAAAAUUUGUCUGUUUCUUUUUUUUUAUAAUUUUCGAAUUACAUGACAUACAAAAUGAUGAGAAUAUUAUAUCCAUAAGUGUUCCCGUUUUUUUCCCGGUUUUACCCAAUUAGAAAUUAUUAGGGAACCGAAAACAAUUUCUUACACACGAACUAAACAAAAUUGUAUUUCAGGAAACUAGCUACACUUCCGGAGUAAUAUUACUGGUUGACCAACUAAAUCGAAUAAAUUUACAAUAAUCGUUAACGCCGUAAAUUUAUUCAGUUUUAUUUUACAGUUUCCCCGAUUUUUAAAAAUGAUUAUGAUAACCACUUGGAAAAUCAAAAAAAUGACUUUUGUAAUGUUCUAUCUAGAUUAAAAAUGCAACAAAAAAAGUCUCUUGUCAUUUUUUCGAUUGGAGUGAGAUAUCUGGUAGAUAAGGUACACAAACAUAAAAAAAAAACAAAACGCACGCACAUCAUUGUAAAACCAAUACUUCUCGCUACUUAAGUUCGGAAUCUCAUGUUAAUUUAACGAAUUAGCAAAUUAUUUAGUUACAGAGGAUCAAUAUUAUUACUGUGUAUAUAACAUACGUACACGCAUGCAUUUUAAUAAUUAUAUUUUAUUUUAUCGUGCUGUCCGUAAAAAUAAACUGUUAACAAUUUAUAAUGGUGCGAUUUUUAUACAAGUUACGUUAGAUUAGGUUAAUAUUCUUACUUAUAGAUUUUUGUGUUCUCGUACAUUAAACAUAUUAUCAAAAUAUAAUCAUUUUGUUUUACCGUUGUACGUGUCAUAGUAUAAUCAAGUUAUAUUAUAUAGUUAUUAUUGGUUUUUAUUGAACCAUUGAAGAUUCGAACUAGAUCCAGAGAAAGUCUAGAAUUGUAGAACGGUUAGCCGUAGUUACAUCACGUUCUAUUCGUUAAAAUAUAGGCACCGGCUAAUUAUUGUGCAAUGCAUCGCAAAAACAAUAACCAUCUAUUGCCGCAGCGAUAUAUAUAUAUUUUAUACACGUAUAGUUUUUCAGCUUCAAGUAUAGAUAUUUUAUACUCAUAUAGUUCUUCAGCAAUAAAAAAAACAUCAUUCAAUAUCAUCGCGUUCAUAAUUUUUGUCAUUUUUUUUUAUUGGAGAUAAUACUACCUCCUUUUAAUCCUUUUACGUCCUUUUAAGACCCGUUCCCAUAUUCUACUAUCUCUCUCCAUUGUAUUCCAGGUUCCACGAUUUCUGCAUCCCUUAUUAAACAGUUUAUUAGUCUUGCCAUUUUAAUCAGGGUCUCCCCAGUGUUGUUUUUCUAUUGGAUACUUUUUGGGAAUUAUCUUUAAUAUCGACUCAUGUUCAAACCAAAUUUUCGUCUUUCUAAUUGAUAAUCUCCAGAUCUGUUAUAUUCGGGCGUUUAAAUAGUUUGCGGUUGUGCCCUGAAUUUAUAAGUUUGAGUAUCUAACAUGGUCCAAAAACCCUUCCAAGGAUUUUUCUCUUGUAUAAUUUCAAUCUACUAAAACGUAUAACUAAUUAUUAUCAUCUUUAAUGUUUUGUUCUGUUAUUAAUUUUGCAGCGCUCAGUCGUACGCCGUUCAGUUGCCCGGAGAUUUUGUCUGCGAAGAUUGUACCAUUAGACUGCUCAGAGAAGCGUUAGAAUGGGGUAACAGCUACAAGUUUUGGUCGUGCGCAGAUGUUGACAUAAAAAAUAGUAAUUAUUUACGUUUAUAUUUUAUAUUUUAAGAGGCGUUCAACAAAAUGUUUGCAUGAUCAUUAUUUCAAAAGUAUUACAAUUAAUUGAUAUCACAAUCAGGGCCGUAUUUAGGGAAAGGCUCGGGUGGGCAAUUGCACGUGUGCAACUUUUUAGGAGUGCCGAAAAUAUGGUUAAAAAAAAGAUUUUUUUUUUCGUUUUUGUGUUUAGUAAUUUCCAAAUUGUUUUUUAUAUUCAUUGUAUUGUAUCAUGAUUUAUUUAUUAUUCUACUUUUACAAUUAUAAAUAAAAAAUAGUUAAAUAUAUCGAUAACGAGAAUGUGUGUUGACCGGCAGUUGUGUUAUAAAUUAUAAAUAAUACGUCACCUCAGUAUUAAUAUCAGUAGGUGACUAAAAUAAUAUGCUGUCAUGAAAAAAAAAUUCCUUUUGUUUACGAAAACGAUAGGGUUAUUAUCAAUAAUAUUAUGUUUGUGUUUUCAAAAACUAAUUUUAUUUUAAAAAUAUUAUUACGGCCUUGUAGGUUUACUAACUUUUAAGUUAUUACAUAAAGUAAGUAUUAUCAUUUGUAAAAAUAAUAGAGAUAAUACACAGUUAAAUUUUUUUUUUCGAGAAAACGUGGAAAAAAUGUGUUGGGAGACGCACGGAAAUAGUAACCCGAGGGCGCCAAAAUACUAAAUAUGGCCCUGAUCACAAGUAAUUCCUUUAGUGUAAUAUAAAUUAUCAUAUAAAAUGAAUUAAAAUGUUAACAAAACUAUAGAUUAACAUGAGAAAGCACUAAGAAAACUAAAGUUUAAGUUACAAGAAACUUAAUAUUCAUCAUAAAAAUAAGAUAACUUUAUAUUUUUGUCUCAGUAUUUCAAAUUUGUCAAUAAUAUAAAUACAAAAAAAUAUAAAAUAAAUAAAUAAUUAAUAUUAAAACGAAAUAAAUAAAUAACAGAUGUCAAAAUAUUAAUGUAAACGUGAAUGAGAAAUAUAUAUAUAUAUCCACAACACUGACAUUUUAUCAAGGUUAGGUUAGAUCAAAAACUAAGCAAAUGUAGUCCCGAACCCUACUUAUAAGUAAUAUUGAGUAUUAUUUAUUAGUUAAUUUUGUUUGGAUUUCUUUUCAGUUAAUUUUUAAUUAGUCCUCAAGUUAAUUGGUUUUUUUGUACUUUGUUUUUACUUCAAUUAGUCAAAUAAUUCUAGGUUUUUCCUAGUUAUUGAGAAAAAUUCUAGAAAAAUCAAAAAAAUGACUUCCCUAAAGGACUUCCUUAGUCUGAUUUCAUUUUAGAAAAAGUGCUAUCGUUGUAAAUUGGAGCGAAAUUGCUGAUAAAAAAAUAAAUAAAUAAAUCAUUGUAAAACCAAUACAUUCCUCGCUCCACACAGAAUCUAAGGCCGUGUCAAGUGGUAUUUGAAAAAUAUCAAAAAUGUGUAAAUGGUACGCGGACAUGAAAAGUUUGAGAACCGCUGAUCUAAAUGCAUGUGCAAUCAAUUUAUUUUCAUAGUUUUUAUUAUUGUUUAUUUACUAUACUAAAUACGAUGACAACAAACUUAUGGCACAUGCAAUUUGUGCAUACCAUUAAGUACGCAUUAAGUGCAACGUGAUUCUUAUAGUAUAGAAAUAAUUGAUGUCGAAAAAAAAAAAACGCAAAACAGUGAAUGAGGUACUAUUAUAUCAUAUUGAGUAUACAUUUGUUUUGAAUAUUGCACUUACAUUUUGCGAGGUUUUUGUCCGUGCUAAACCGAAAAAAAUUUAAAAUAUUACCGUUGUGUUGGUAUAAACGUGCCUAGAACACCUAGAUAAUAUUCUAACGAUGCAUUGUAAUGAAAUUUUUCAGAGAAAAAUUACCGGGAAGACUGUAGUGGAGGUAAAGGUCGUUAUUUGUUAUCGAAGUGCCGAUGCGAUAGACUUUAUUACGGUCCCAGGUGUCAGUACAAAGACGAAUGUAUCGACGAUAGCGAUUGUGGUGAUCAAGGCAGGUGUAUUGAUGUCCACGCGACCACCGCGCCCAGAAAACAGUGUUACUGUGAGCCCGGAUGGUUUGGACCGGCGUGCACCAAACGUAAGUUAUAACGCUUGAAAUUGAUUUACAUUUAUUGUUAUUAUUAUUUGCUGUGUUGUGAUAUUCGGGAAUGACUAUUUUGACGUGUAAAACGCGAGAAGAGAGUGAAGUAAUUUCACAGUUAUUAUAUGUUAUACGAUUUUAAAUAAUGGACUGCUUAACAAUUUAUCAGACAUUACGGUUUUAAGUAGUUAGGUGGAUAUUGACACUGACGCGGCGAACGAAACAAAAUAUUACACAACCUUCAAAAUAUAUUAUCAUAUUAUUAUUAUUUAUGCAAUAUGUGUAAAUUGAGUCUAUUGUGUAUACUUUAAGAGGUAACGGUAUAUUUAGUUCCUUUAUCGUGGUCCACGGACGUUAUAACUGCAUUGAACACAUUUAUGUUUAUCUAGUGAAAGCAAUAUAAAUAUUACACUUAUAUAGCUGCGCGUAUCUACAAUUAGAAAUUUAUAUACUUGUAUAUUUUAAAUAUAUAAUAUAUGUAAGCAAACAAGUAGAUAAUGUCUUAUAUUGUACUGGAUUUUCAGGCUCUUCGUUAAAAUCGAAUGAAAUCGAUUUGAGUAAUCACCGAUUCAGAGAACUGUCAAAAGAUUUCCAUUUAUAUUGGAAACUGUUUAAAGAAGAGGGCGAAAUCGAGAUUGUUUUAAAAGCUAAUGGCACUAGUUACUUGGGAUUGGGUUGGAGGCCAAAAGAUAUAACUGCAGAGUGCAAGAACUUUCCGGCACUAGCAGACCUGCCGGGCGCAAAAGCCGUAGCAGUAAUGUCCAAACCUGAGCCAGAACCAGAGCCACAUAGUGAACCAGAACCAAGAAGUGAACCAGAACCAAAAAGUGAACCAGAGCCAAAAAGUGAACCAGAACCGAAAAGUGAGCCGGAACCUAAGAGUGAGCCAGAACCAAAAAGUGAGCCAGAACCUAAGAGUGAGCCAGAACCUAAAAGUGAACCGGAGCCGAAAAGCGAACCGGAACCGAAAAGCGAACCGGAACCGAAAAGUGAACCUGAACCAAAAAGUGAACCAGAACCGAAGAGUGAGCCGGAACCAAAGAGUGAACCGGAACCAAAAAGUGAGCCAGAACCUAAGAGUGAGCCAGAACCUAAGAGUGAACCGGAGCCAAAAACAUCAUCGGGACAAAAAUCGAGCAGUAAACCCGACUCAGAACCUACACCCGAGACGAGCGCAGAACCUUCACCAGAACCCACGACUCCAUCUACAACAACUACUACGAUUAGUAGUUCCACUCGCCCGAAGCCAUCAUAUUUCCGAACCAGAGGUCGACUGCAAAAACCAAAGCCUGCCGACGAACCAGAAUCUGCAACGUCAACUAAUACUUCGUCAAAAAGUAACGGAGGAAGGCCAUGUAAGUGUCUUGUUUUUAAGCAUAAAUUAUAAGCCACGCAAUGAUCGGAAAUAAUUUAAGAAUUACGCAAAAUUCGAUAAAAAUAAUAUUGUUAUAUUUAUGAAAAUUGUUUUGUUUUCGUAUAGUAUUUGCCCAGUUGAGAAAUAAACGAGCCGCGUCAACUCCAAAUGGUAAGUCGCAAAUUAUAUUUUAUUUAUCGGAUAUAAUAUCAUUUACGAUUAAAAAUGAAAUAAAAUUUAGAACCACAACCAGAAUCGGAGCCAGAACCAGAAUCAAGUCCGAAAGCCCAGGAAGGUCAUAGUCAUCACGAUCAUUCUUCUCAUAAUCACGACCACGAUCACUCUUCGCAUGAUCACAACCACGAUCACUCUUCUCAUGAUCACAACCACGACCAUCACCAUCACGAUCAUAAUGCCGAAGACUCUUCGAAAAAAGGUUCAUAGUAUUUUUAAUUUCAAAAUUAAGUGUAAAAUAAUUAUUAUAAUAUAGCAUCGUUUUGUUUGUAUUUAUAACUUAUAUUGCUCUUUAUGAAUACAUAUUUUUAUUAAUAUUCUUAAUUUUCACUAUCGAAUAGACGAUAUUAUUAGACGUACGAGUAUAAUGUAUUACAUGUACAAAUCGUUUAUGUUUAUUAGAGAUGAAGCUAAACACGUACACGCCAAAAGGAGAUUUCAAUGGAAUGGACUGUACCGAUUUAGUAAUAGGAAGUGCACGAGGAUCAGCUAACCGAGUUUGGGAUUAUUACACUAGAGACAGGCAAGUCCAUUACCCGUCAAAAAUAAAAAUAUUUACAACAGUUUUUAAGAAUUAUCAACUUGAAAGUUCUAAUGAAUAUAAUAUUAUCAUGAAUGGUAAUAUAAUAAUACAACUGCGAACAAUUAAUUAUUUUUUCUUUGUUGUUUACUACGGAUUGCGGAAUACCAUUAACAUAACUUAAUAACAUUUAUAAUCGUUUUCUUUGAAAUUGCUCAAUUUUCACAAUGUAAAUGGAGUUUUUUUUAUAACCAAAUUAAAACUGAAUAAAACUGUUGCAUACAUAUUAAAUAAACUAAAAAAAAUAUAUAAUAAAAAAACAUCAGUCUUCAGAGCCUUUUUAUCCUAUUGAAUUAAUGUAACAUUAUUUUGUUAACUAGGUCGACUCCACGGAUGGAUAGCUAUUGGGGAGGGAAAAAUGAUUUGAUCGCCGCGGUUGGAUUUGAAAAAGACGGAGUUACGACGAUUGCUUUUCGGAAGAAACUGAAGGGUGAUUUUUAUUCACGAUUAUCUUCUACGUUUUGGCGAUAUUAUUUAUUAUAUUCUAACCAAGUAUAUAUUUUUUUAUUUCCUAUAGCCGCUGAGCCCACCGACCAUUCAAUCGUAGAUGACGUGAUGCACGUGAUUUGGGCCAAAGGACAGGAACACAAAAACUAUCAGCACUCGCCGAAAUCUGGACUAGAAAAAGACGUUUCUCUCGUGAAAGAUUUCUACAAGCAAGACGAACUUAAAUACCAUGGCCAUGGAUCUCAACGCGGUGUAAUUUCUAUAAAUUUUUUCGGUAAGUGUUCACCCGUACUAUUGGGUUUUAUAAUAUCUGUGGAUGAUAAUAUCCCGUACUGUACCGUUUGUACCGUUUGUUUAGACGAACCCGAAAAACAGUCGACGGUCAACGCCGGGCAAGACGCCGCCUCGAAAAGCGAUCCUCAAACGAACAACAUUAAACCGGCCGUCCAACAGGCGACCGUACCGGCGUCCAGCAACUGUUACGGUCAAUGGUCCACCCCGAGAGGAUGCAACGUGACGGCGGGCCAGUGCGAGUAUCAUGUCGUCUGGACGUAUUCUUCGAAGACCGAUUACAUGCGGUUCACGAUCACCACGACGCACACGAGCACGUGGACCGGUAUAGGAUUUUCCGACGAUCACAAAAUGGUCAGUACAUCUACAGUUGCGUGUUUGGUUUUACAAUAUUAAUUAACGUGCGCGUGUAUGCAUGGAACUCCAGAGUCAGACCGACGCCAUAAUCGGAUGGGUGGACAAAGCCGGAAGACCGUUUCUUAUGGACACGUGGAUAAAUGGUUACACGGCACCGCUAUUGGACGCUUCGCAGGAUCUGAGCAACACCACCGGCAACACCGUCGACGGACUGACGACGUUGAGCUUUAUGCGAAAACGCACCACCGGAGAUACUAAGGUUCGUUUUAUUCACUCGGUUUCUACAUAACGUCCGGUUAACACAUAUUUUUCGUGUAGGACAUGAUGUUUACCAAUGACAAAUGUUUAUAUUUGACGUUCAUCGUCAAAGGAGGCGGUUACAAUCCGGUUAACAAGAAGAUCAAAAAACACGAACAAGUACCGAUGUUUUCAAACGAUCGGGUGUGCAUAAGACCGUGUGGCGCCGGUAAUACGAGUUUGAAAAACGAACGGCUCGAUAUAUUUUCGUGUGUGUUCUUUAUACUAAUGUUUUUGUAUGUAAAUAAUUAUAGAAGAAGACUGGGAAACGCCGACGUCUACGACGGCGCCCAAAGCGGCGUUCAACGUCGCCAUCAAGUUGGUGAAAUUGGGCGAAAACUUUAUUGUACCGCCCCAUGGUAGCGCCGAUUUCGAUGUACUGGCCAACACAGUCGAGAGCGGUUUCAAGAAAACGCUGACCAAAAUACCAGAAUUCUACAAGAUCAGCGUUGACGAGUUUGCACAGUAUGUUGAAAAAAACGACCUAGAAAAAAAAAAAAAAUGUAAAUUCAUAAAACAAUUUCGUUUCCGGCACUGCAGAGAAAACGACAACGUGGUUGCUAAAAUGAGUGUCGAGCUGGAUGAGAGCGGCGGUGGAUCGCGGGGCCGUGCUUUAAGCGCGGGUGAAGGAGCUGAGCAAUUGGAACGCGUUUUGAGGAGCACUGUUACUAGCGGACAAGUAGGGGCUCUAUCCUUGGACCCCAAGUACUUUGUUUUCGAAGCGGCACCGCGUAAGUGAUGUAUUUUUACACAAGUUCAAUGUCGUUAAUUAUUUUCAUUGGUCGAUUUUCGUGUUCCGUAAAUUUUUGUUCUUUUUCCCUUCUCUCCCCUUUGAAUCUAUUUAGUUUCAACAAUCUUUGUCUCUACUCUCCUCUUAAUUUUGUCUUCCCCGUCGUUUAUAACACUUCAUUGUUUACUACACCUCAUAUUAUCAUCACUUUAAACCGUAUCUAAUUACCUCAUUUUUAGUCUUCCUUUCCUCCUCAUUCCAUAUUUAUUCGUAAAAUCCAUCUUACCGCAUCUGACUCAUUUCUUAUUAUCACGUGUCCAAACCAUCUAUUAGCUAUCAACUGCAGAAACAACGUUUAUUUACCCUAUGUCUAUGUUAUCUCUAAUUUACCCAUUCAUUAUUUUACAUUUUCUAAUCUCUAGUGACUCCACUCGUUUUUUUAAACAUUUUUAUCUCUAUUACACUCGUCUUCUGUACUGUCUUUCUGUCUUUCUGUCUACUACCUUACAUUUUGUACCAUACACCACCGUUGAUUUCACCACAGUUUAGUAAAAUUUAUCUUUCGUAUUAUCACACAGUACCCCCGAUUCCUCUUUUCAGAAGUUGAUGACAACCGCACUUAAUUAGUAUUAAUUGCAUAGGAUCCAUAUUAUCCCUAAUCCCUUUCUUUCAAAUGACGCCAUUCACUUCUCAAGCCUAUUGUUAACUUCAUCUGCCAUUUCUCCUAAAAAAAAUUACAUCUACGCCAAACAUCUUGCACCAUAACAUGAUAUCUCACCCUGUAUCCACAAGCAAUACAACUAUGUUUAUAUACAAUAACGUGAUGAUUUUUGCAGUUUCCAACACGUUUCCAUUGGAAGAAAAUCCUAACGACAGUAUAUUGUUGUCGGCGACAAAGUUAUGGAUCGUCAUCGGAUGCAUAUCGGCUUUAGUGUUUAUCGCCAUUGUCCAAGCCGGGUGCACAAUUUAUAAAACCGCCCGGAGACCGAGGCCUAAUCACAAGGUUAUUUUCCCUUAUAACCUAAAUAAUGUUAUUUGACACGUCUCGACGCGUCAUACGGAGUCCGUAUUUUAGUUUACGUAUACAAUUAUAUACAUUAACAGCUUUUUUUUAGGAGCUUUAGGCUUUUGCUGUUAAUAAAUAAUUAAUAGUUUACCUAUAUUAUUAUAAUAUAUCAUCACGACCAGCUUGUAAUCUCGUGUAUACUAUAUUAUAUUGUAUAGCUGGUGUAUUCGGUCCCGACUGCAGGAGUUGAGGCCGGAUACCGGUCACCGGUCGACCCUUACUUGUACACCACCGGUCAUUGGGCGCCUAUCCAAACAGAACACGUCAUGCACCGUUAUUAAUCAAAAAUUAAAACGUAUAUCAAAAAAAAAAAAAAAAAUUCUACGACGUAUCAAUACAUAUAAAACGCAUAACGCAUAUAGUGUAUUAAUAAAUAUAUUCGGUGAGUCUGAUCAAUAUUUCUUCUCGUCCUCUUUUUAUGCCUUGGCUGUUUCUACAUUUUUUCUUUUCGCACGUGAUACGCCCUCCGAGUCGUAUAAAAUAUUAUGUCACAUUUUUAACAGUUUUCGAAGGUUUUUUUCCUAUAUAUAUUUAUAGGUAUUAUACAUAGGUAUGUUUAAUAUGUAUUGUACCUCGACUGUCGUCAAACGUGUUAUAGAUUUUUACUGUCACUGGAAAAUGAAAGUGUCACAAUUAUUUCGUCACGAUACGAAACAACUAAGAUAUUUCGGUACGAUCACAAAACUGUUAAAAAUUGAAUCUGAAGAACGACUGCACGAGACGUAUCACCCUUUGAUCACACGCAUGGUCACUUUAUAUAGUAUAAAAUAAUAUAAAGAUUCCUUCUCGCUAAUAUGCAAGAUAUUGAACGUUAAUUUUGGGCAUUUUUGUGUACAUGUGUAUAUAUUUAACUAAUCUAAUUAUUAUUUUCCGUUUGAUUAUAGUCUGUGCAUACAUACGUGUAUAUUAUAUAGUUCUUAGGUACAGCUUAGAGUGGACGUGACGUUUUAGGAUCGAUAAUCUCGUGAAAAAUUUAAAACGUGUGAAGUUUAUUCCUAUAAAUUAGUUUCGGUAAAAUAACAAAAAAACCUCACACAAUCUAAUCCCAGAAGAAUGAGGAGCUUAACUAAGACUUCUUGUUCCUGUUCACUUCACUUUUUCCGUUAACAAAUUCAAUGAUAAAGCGUCACACAUACACUCACACAUCCACCUUAUUUGGAACACGAAGAAGUUGCUUCAUAGAAUAUCUAUUCGCGUCGCUACUACACAGUGUUCUAAAAUGUUAUUUUUGUGCUAAAAACUGUGUCAAUAUUUAUUUUUUGUUUCAAUUGGGUUUUGUCCGAAAGAGGCAUAUGUAAAGAAAAAUUACAUUUUUAUUUUCAUCCCUCAAUCACUGGCAAAAUAACUUUUUAAAAUUUAACAUUUAGGAUUAAUAGUUUUUUAGUUAUAGUGGCAGUAGUGUACAGAAAAUAGGCGUGAAAACCGUUCAAUAAAAAAUAAGGAUUCACCGUGCUGAUUGUGAUUCCUUAUCACGUAACGUGUUAUUAUAUUGAAAAUUAUUUACGCCAAAUUUCUAAAAAUUAAAGCUAGUUUAAUUAAAAUCUGUUAAUCGGAUAUGAAUGUAUUAUGAUACAUUAAAUAUUUUAAAUAAUAUAUUGUACAAAAUGGCUAUUUUGAAAAUUGAUAAAUUAAAAAGUUAUUUUUUUUUUUUCAAUAAUUGAGGGAUGGAAAUAAAAAUUUAAUUUUUCUCUACAUAUGUGCCUCUCAUAAAUGCGAUUGAAAAAAAAAAUGAAUAUUGACAGAAUUAUUGACGUAAGGAUAACAUUGUAGGACAUUGUAUGAUUUUAAGAUUUCGAAUUCAGUCAAAUUUAUUAAACUUUUUAUUCGGUAUAUUUGUCGAUAUAUAUUCUUCAACCGACUAUAAACGAUGACGGAUUCUCCUGUAUUAAUUUAUUAUAAACUAAUCGUUUUUAUCAUCCAGCCGUUUUUUUAAAUAUUUUUAACCAUACUGCUCCACUAUCUAUCGCGUUUAUUUUUAAACGUUUUUUUUUUUUUUUUUGCGAACGCUCAGUUAUUGUUCAUUUAAACUGUAACGAUAAUUUGAACGUACACGUGCGACUUUUAUUAUACUUCGAGUCAAUUAGAGGAUUAGGAAAGAGCAAAACCUAUAAAGAAGUGUUUACUACGAGUAUCGGAAACGGUUAGAGAGAACAAUAACAUAUCGUGGACGUCAUGGUGUUAAGAGCGAAAUUACGAGAUUAUAGAUGAAUUGAAUACAAGUAUAGACGGAAUUCGGGGAAGAUUCGAAACAGUGACGUUUGGGAGGGUGAUGUGGACAAGAACGAGUGACGUGGGAUAAAGGUGAUUGGGAAGAAGGGCAUACGAUUGUGUUAUAUUUCCAAAUAAACGCAAAGUAGGUCAAACGCGAAACGGAAAAAAGUAUGUAAUGUCAGUCGAACGUACAAAACAUCACGUUUUUUUCGAUUUUUUUUUUUUUCUAUCGAAAACCGCUCGCACAUUAACUGUUAUUAUUAACUUAUUACCGCCGCUGCCGCUAUUAUUUACUACCGCGUUUACACUAUUAUCGUCGAUAUUACGUAAAACGCACAGAAGUUAGAAUGCUGGAAAAGAAACCGUAUUAUACCAUUGCGGUUUUCUCGGCGCUUCUGGUUUUCGCCGAGAAACCAAACAUUUCGGUUGCGUUGGAUUUCGAAAACUAUGCGCAAUCAUCAUGUUUAUCAUUCGGUAAACGAUAAUAUCGUUUUUCUUAUGUUUUUGUGUAGCAUUUAAUUAUAUAUGACAUCUAGGCACGUAUACACAAAACCAUUUCGGCAUGUGGAUUAAGUAAUAAAAUGAAACAAUUUUUAUCGUUAAUUUCGUAUCGUAUGGAGUCGAGUCUUAGACAAUACUGAAAACGGGCAUAAGAAAAAAUAGAAGCCAUCGAAAUUUAGUGUUUAAAAAUGUCUUCUGGACGGUCUUUUUCUGGUACGUUUCUUGAUCUUUGAUGUUUGACAUCGAUUUUUUUUUUUUUUUAAUGUAUGUUUUUAUAUAUUUAUGUAUAUAAUGUAUAACGUAUAGGUACAACUAAUGAUGAUGCGAUGCAAUUAUAAUUAGUAAGAACGGUACACAAUAUAAAACUAAUAAAACACAUUCGUAUACGCACAGUGUUAUAGAAAAUUAACCGUAGUUGUGAAGAAACAUUAUUGAUUUGUUUGCUCGGGGGGAGGUUAACUCCCGAUUUCAACCACACCCGGUGAUAUCGGAAAGGGCGGAAAAGUGUGUGGAUUCAAAAUCAGCCUUUCUUUUCUCUUCUUUUUUUAGCAUAGAUAAUGUGUAAUAUACAAUAAACUAUUAUGCUCGGUGGUGGAAUUACGGGUUUCGGGGAACCCCUCUAACGGAAGAGACCCAUUGUGUAUAUUAUUGUUAUUUGGUAUUUUAUUGUAUUUUGUUUUUUUUUUUUGAUUUAAGCUUGGGCCCACACGACGAGAUUAAAACACGACGGUUGUAUAAUUAUAAUACCGGCGCGCGAUAUAACACGACAGUAUUGAUCAUCACUAUGCUGCGUGUAGAAAGAUAUUCCGCGCUACGAUAAAAUUUAACGAAAUUCGAUAUUACAUUUGAAAUUCAAAACGUACAAUGAGUUUUUCAAUAGCAAAUAUUAUUUAUAACGCACGGCAAAUUACCUGACCUGCGGGCUUCAAACUAACAUUUCCCCGUUACUUUUGUACACGUUUAGCUGCCCCUCGGAGACCGAAUGCGCACUAACUCAAAAAUUAUGGAUUCGUUUUUCUUUUUGUGGAUUGAAAUGAUAAAAACACGAGGACAUGUUUCGCACGAUGGGUGUAUCACCGUUGUAGACGAGAAUUUGGGAAGGUAGAGAGAAAAUUGAAUAUAUAUCUGUACGUGAAGAUCAAUUAUUGCUAACGAAAAUGAAUUAUAAGCGGAUUUGGGUUGUACGCAUGUUUUGAAAUGCCGUAAUAUUGACGAUUUUAAAAGAAUACAUUUCGUAAAUUUUCCCAUUUUUCCCAUUUAUAAGGAAAACCUCUAGGAAAGUCAAAAAAUUACCUCCUUUACGUACUACCUUAGUCAGAUUUAAUUUCAGAAAAAGUGCUACAGUCGAAAACCGGAGUGAAAUUUCUGGUAUAGAAGUCGUUCACAGAAAAAUAAAAAAUAAACAUUAUUGUAAAACCAAUAAUUCCUUGAUCCGUUCAGAAUUUAAAAUCGGGUAAAAUUUUAACGCGAUUGUUAUUACGCGGUAUGCAGGAGGUUAUUAUUUUUUUUAGCUUUGACUAUCUCAAAUGAAGUCGCGGGUAUGAAAUUUUCUAUAUGCACGAGUUUAUUAAAUAUGCGACCUAUUCGAUGGUUUCAAUCUUUUAACCCCCGCUCUUACCACGUUUUUUCGGAAACAGUAUAGCAUCGUACUGUUAUAGUUUAUUCGAUUAUUUAUGGUUGUAUAAAAAAUAUGUUUACAAUUAAAAAUAUUGCGUGGAGAAAAUUCGACUCCGGUGACGGAGAUCGGCCGCCCAAAGGGUUUUUUUUUUUCAAAAUUAGAUUCGGCUCGUCGUGCGGUAUACCCUCGUCAUCUACCACCCGGCGCACAAUAUCAAGUUAAAAAUACUAACAAACGCUCGACCCCCUCUACCCGUCGCUAUUACUAGAUUUCGAUGUUCGUUAACGGAGGGUGGUUUUUUUUGUUUUUUUCCGCGCAGGAUCACGGCGGCGUGAAUUCGGCCUGGAAGGAUUAUUCGUCCGGCGGAGCUAACACCAACUACGCGUUCGACCAGUACGACGGCUCCGACGAGAAACAGUCGCCCACGUCGCUGAGCCACACGUCCACCAUACCGCUAACCACAAAGCUAGUGUCCCAUAACGGUAGCGGCGGUAACCAUUACGCGGAAUCGCGGUCGCUGCACAGGCCGUCGCAGGGCGCCCCGGGACCGGUGAACGGGGGUGGCAGGCACAUGCACAGCCGCCCGCCGCCGCCGCCCACCGCGCACCAUCACGACCGGGCGGCCGGCACGUACUCGUUGCCGAGGCCCGCGCAACAGCCGCCCCACCACAACGGGUACUACACGCACAGGCCGCCAAACAGGACGUCCCACGGACCGCCGCAGCAGCAGCAGCAGCAGCAAUCUGCGGGCGCCGGCGGCGACCAACUGCAACCGGACUUCUAUUUCAUGCCGUCGCAGAGGAAGUACUCCGGCGAAGUGGUCAGGGUGUACGUGGACUACAACACCAAUCCCCGGAAGUGAUCGCCACCGCCGGUUUCCCGUCUUUAAUUUUAAUAUGAUAUAUACACGUGUAUAUAUAUAUAUGUAUAUAUAUGUGUGUAUAUAUAUAUAUAUAUAGUAUAAUGUAUUAUCGUAAUAAUCAUGUAUUCGCGAAUCGUGUUGGCGCCGAACGAUCGCGCGCCCAACUGCAAUAGUUCUGUUUAAGGAAAAAAAAAAAAAAAACAACAGACUCCAGAGCACAGCAGCUUUCCCCGUGCCAUUUUCGAUUUUCGCCGCGCGUAGGCAGAACACCUUAAAAACGCUGUCGGUGUCCGCGCAGGCGAAUUUAUAGGACAUCUCUCUCCCUCCUCUUCCUCCUCCUCCACCCCCCUCUUCUCCGUAGAUAUUAAGAACGCAUUCCUCCUGUGCAAGGAUACUUAUUAUUAUAAUAUUUCCUCCGUUAAAUCGAAUCCCUACGCCUAGUAAACUGUGUGCAACGGUUUCCCUAAUAGUUCCUUGUAAAAACGUACAGAAAUACCGAACGGUACGUUGUAACGCAUUUUUUUUUUUUUUUGUUAUUUUAAUAAUACAGCAUAAAAAUAAUUCACUCGGGUUUUAGUUGUCGACUCUAAUUCGGUGUGCCCGUUUUUUUUUUUUUUUUUUUUUUCGCCUUUUCACUGUUCGUUUAAUUUUAUCUGGAUUUUUCCGGAUCCAGCGCGCGUUACUGUACACGCAUUGCGCACACGGUCAUUCGUUGUGCGGCGACUUGAAAAUUCCGUGUAACAUAGAUAUUGACUGGUUCGAGUUUUGCCAACUCUGAAAUCGAUAAAAUCCCGUUCCAAACUAUAGUUUGCAAAUUUUUUAAUUUUAUCUUUUCUGAAGAAAGAGUAGAGAACCCAGUCAGGAGAAAAAUGCCGUGAACCGGUUCACGAAUUCGCGAACAAAGCGACAAAUCCGUAUAGUACAGCGCAUACGUGUAGUGAGCGAGUGGCCGAUUCGUCGCUUAUCACGGUUAAAUAAACCGCCAUUUCGCGUGCGUGCGUACGUCUCACUCGGGUCUACAGGCUUUCUAAUCCGCGAUGACAUAAUUGUAUUAUAUAUUAGGCGGGUAUCCUAGAACAAAUAAUAUACUGGACUGUCGGGAUAAAAUGUAUUAUUUUCGUAUGAAAAACGGUAUUAGCGAACCAAUGGUUUUUAUGGAUAUAAAAAAAAAAAAAAAAAAACCUCGGCAGUUGUAUUUUUUCGGACGCCCGUUUUCGCUGGUCAGGCGUCGUCUGGUUUUCGAGCAACCGCCCCCCACCCCAACACCACCCACCCGAGACACGCACAAGGCGCACUAGCCAACACGCCCGCGGUACGUUAAUCCUGUCGAAUUGAUGAACGAGCGUUGCUGCCAAUAACGUUGACGUUUAUCCGGAGAUCGAGGUUUUCGAAUGGCCAUCCUUUACGGUACACGGGGGUUUCCCCGUCGCUAUUAGCAGCGCACCGACGUUCUUUAUAGCGUUACGCUGUGAUGUCGCGGCGGCAUUCUUGCAGUGGCUGUGCCGUCCAACGAACAAGCGCGGGUACAUUAUAGCAGUGCGAAAACAUCGCGAAAAAUACCUUAUAUUUAUAUAUACAUAUAUAUAUAUAUAUAUAUAUAUACAUACAUAUUAAUACAUGAUAAUAAUACGAUAGGGUUAAGGAUUUAUAUGUUUUACGCUUAGAGUUAAGAAAACCAUUUGCUCAUUUAAAAAAAAAAAAAAAAAAUUUAAGAGUAAUCUCGUACGAUUAUUAUUGCGGUAUGCAUUUCAAACGAAAUAUACUUCAUGAUAUUGAAACAUAACAUUUCAGAGAAUAUAAAUAUUAUUAUUGUCGUUCUUAUACACAGUUAUACUUAUUAUAGUUAUUAGUAUUAUUAUUAUUUUUUUUAAUUAUUAUUAUUAUUAUUAUUUGUAUUAUUUUUCAUUAUUAUAUUAUAGUUGUAAUUUCUGAAAGUUAAUAUUUUAAAACGCAUAACCCGCGGUCGGACGUUGUUUGUCGCAUGUUCGCCGCGUGUCUCGCGUUGCCCUAACGCUGGAUAUAUUUCGACGGUUUUUCGUCCUCUUGUAUUAUCAUUAUUAUCAUUAUUAUUAUUAUUAUUAUUAUUAUUAUUAUUUUGUAAAAAAAAAAUAUAUAUACCAAAUGUGGCAUUACUAUGAUAUGUUGUAGUUUAACUGAAAAUGCAUGCGAAUAAAAUUAAUUAAUAAAAAAGAUGCAAGUACAAGAACAAUAUAUUCUAUGUUAUAUGAA